AUACUUAGUGAGCAUGCUCCAGCUGACUGGUUUUCAACUCAAUUUCUACAGCACCGUCAGCUUCUAAAGACAACCAUGGGAGUGAAGGCUGCGGAAUGGAACCUCUGGAAUCAAGGUACCUCAAGAAGGAAUAAACAUUUAAUUUAUCUAAAGGUAAAGUUCAAUGUUCUUCUUCACUAGAUAAUAUGUUGUUUCCCCUUCUUUUUAAGAACUAUUCUGUUGAAAUAACACUUCUUUUCUCUGUGUUAUUUUCCAUUCUAGCAAAUAGAGGGUGGUGAAUCUUUUUGCCAGCAGUUAGGAGUUCUAACAUGUUAGCCCCAUGCUUGAAAAGGAUUCAGUAGCAUCAGGCCAAAUGGCCAAGAGAAGCCCACUGAAACUAUCAGAAACUGUGUGAUAGGAAAAGAGCUUCAGGUGACAACUGACUAAUAAGUCUAAUAAAUGAAAUGAAAUGAAAUGAAAAGAGCUGUGAUAGCAGGGCAUCUGGUUUGCAUGCAGAAAGUUCUAGGUUCAAUCCCUGGCGUCUGGACGUAGGGCUGGGAGAGAUCUUUGUUUCAAACGCUGGAGAGCAAGAUAGACCAAUGGUGUAUGGAACCUUCCUAUGUUCCUGAAAUCUCCAAGGCCUUGGAGAAUCCUAUCUGAAGGAUAUUAAAGGCUGGAAAAGGUUAAGAGAGGUGCACGGUGGAGGCCCCAGCUCUGCCCAGCCAGGUGAAAAAAAUACUGCUGGCCUAUCUCUUGUUGGCUGUAGUAGCAGGUAGAAAAAUCUACAGCAGCAUCUUUCAGGAGUGAAGCACUUGGUGGCUUUGAAAUCCUCAAGGGGCCUCAUCCUCAGGUCCUUCAUUGACAUCAGUCUGAAACUGGUGAAGUUACAGUAAUAACAAUAACAAUAAUAAUAAUAAUAAUAAUGGAAGAGGGAUCAUGUGCCAGCAGAUAAAGAUUGGUUGCCUUUUGCUCACGCAACCAUUGCACACAACCCAGAAUUUUGGUAUCCAUCAUCUCUGGAAACAGACUAAAACUAUUAUUUGCAUUAAAAAAUAUUUUAUUGUCCAGCCACAUCCAAUGCAGCUUUACUAGAAACUGAGUUCAGUAGGGCAUUUAGAUGUUGAUUGUUGGAUUUCAACUCCCAUAGCCAGCAUUUCAAGCCACUGGAUCCUUAUUUUUAUUUAAAUGGUACUACAUCGGUCACUCUCCUGUCGUUGGGCAGAAAGGCCAAUCAUAGGGGUGUUCCAUAUUUUUUGUUCGAAGAUCAGUAGUUUCACAUCUGAGUUUUUUAAUAGUGGGUGGAUUUGCCAUUUGUUCAGGUAGAUGCCAUCUGGACCUGAUGAUUUGUUUAUUUUAAAUGUGGAUUCUAAUGCCUUUAAAUAUAACUUAUUUAUCGUUUACUUGAGUCAGAGGCUUCCUCCUAAUUACAGUGGUGCCCCGCAAGACGAAUGCCUCGCAAGACGAAAAACUCGCUAGACGAAAGAGUUUUCCGUUUUUUGAGUCGUUCCGCAAGACGAAUUUCCCUAUGGGCUUGCUUCGCAAGACGAAACGUCUUGCGAGUUCUUGCGAGUUUGUUUCCUUUCUUUUAAAGCCGCUAAGCCGCUAAUAGCCGCUAGCCGUUUAUAGCUGCUAAGCCGCUAAGCUGCUAAUAGCCGUGCUUCGCAAGACGAAGAAACCGCAAGACGAAGAGACUCGCGGAACGGAUUAAUUUCGUCUUGCGAGGCACCACUGUAUUCAGAUGGGUUCUUUGCUAUCUUAAUAUUCGUAUUACUGAAGAAGUUCAACAAACACUAGGUUGUUAAAUGCAGAUCUCAGCCUUAAAUUUAAAUAUGGGGUAAGUGCGUAACAGUAAUAUAGUGAUAAUAUAAUGAGGUUAUCUUGAUUGACUUUAAUAUGUAACCACAUGGGAACUGUAGUUCAACAACAUCUGGAGGUCACAUUUGGUUUCUCCUGGCUUAUAGCCUAAGCUCAGUUUGGGUUUAUUCUGUGCUGUAAACUAAUCAGUGCUGUUGAAAUAAUAAUUAAUUAAUUUUGAUUAAGCAGGGGUGGAGAACUUGUGGCUCCCAGACAUUGCAGGACUAAUAUCAGCUCUGACCAUUGGCCAUGCUGGCCAAGUCUGAUGGGAAUUGAGAGUACAACAACAUCUGGACAAGCAUAUAUUCCCCGCCCUGUAAAUAUAUAAUUUAUUCAGCCUGAGAAACCAGUUGACAGGGUGUGAAGGUUUUGCUUUUUAAAAAACCAGUUAUUAUUUAACUGUUAUCCAAAUAUUAAGGUAUAUAUGCCUGAUGUCAACAGAUGUGAAAAGGUAACCCUUUUCACCUUUUUCAAUGAGCCAAUGAGGCGAAGCAAUUACAAAACUGUAUCAUCAUCCAGGGCAUUGGCAAACAGGGGGAAAGCGAAGAUAACUUUUAUGUGAACAACAUUGCUAUGGCUGUAAUAGUGCCUUCCAAUUCACAAAGGUGAGCAGCAACAGCAAAAUAGCAAGCUGAAAAUUGUGGUGGAUUUGGUCAUUGCUUUGUUCUUCUGGGAAAAAGUUUUGUCAUUUUACAAGCUGGAAUUUUGUGCCAAAAGGAAAAUCAUGAACUGGUUGUUAUGUGUGGAUUGUGACUAAAUUUAUAAUUGCUCAACACUGAAAGCGUAUCAGCAGCCAAACACGGGAUAAUGGUUUCUUAAGAACUGGGAUAUUGCCAGAAUGAUGAAACUGACCUAUUACCUUGAAGAGGAAAUGUUUUGAUAAAUUUUAUGCUAAAUUUAUCCUUUACUGGAAGAGCAGAGACAGUACAUUUUUUUUAAAUUUCUGAGCAUUGUAAAGUUUUUAAACUUAAGUUUAGGUUAUUAAUUAAUUAAUUUUUUAAUGAAUUGUGUUAUUACCUGUUUCCUGAAUAUAUAUAUAUAUAUAUAUAUAUAUAUAUAUAUAUAGUUGCAUAUUAAAGUCAACCAAGAUAACCUCAUUAUAUUAUCACUAUAGAUGAACAAGAAAAAUAAGUAUGGCUUGUGCAAAGGUAGGUCCUGUGUAUUCUAGAGUUUAGCACUUGGAUAAAGACUUAGCAUGUGGAUAAUUGUGAUGUAGACGCCGUAUAAUUUCCAAAAGCUUCUCCGCCCCGCCCCCCCCGAGUCAUGGGAUAAGAGGAGAGCUGGAUUUAGGUUUGAUGAGGCCCUAAGCUACUGAAGGUAAUGGGGCCCUUUAUAUGUCCAGCUGUCCUUUGUCAACAACAAACUGUUGUUGUUUUUUGUGUUGAAUAUAUGCUGUAUAGUAAUUUAGGGACCUAAUAGGUAUCUAAAGCCAUUUGCACGUGUUGCCAUGCAACUAGUCCAUGCAGAAUGUAGGCACCCUAUACAGCCAUACCUCGGGUUACAGACGCUUCAGGUUGAGCAUUUUUGGGUUACAGAAGCGCCGAAACCCAGAAGUACCGCAACAGGUUACUUCCGGGUUUCAGCGCUUGUGCAUGCGCAGAAGCGCCGAAUUGCAACCCAUGCGUGCACAGAUGUGGCGCUGCGGGUUGCGAACGUGCUUCCCGCAUGGAUCACGUUCGCAACCAGAGCAUCCACUGUAUAUAGAAAUGCGCAAACCAGUGAUAUUUUAGGGAGCAGGCUAGCAGGCGGGCCCCAUUACUUACAUCAUAGGAGCCUACACAACACAAAACACUGUUGCUGUAUGUAGGUUUUAUUUGUUUUUUAUCUUAUAUUUUGGAAAUGUACAGCCAGUGUUUUGUUUUUCUUUAAAUUUCUUGGGGGCCCCCAAGUGAGUGGGGCCCUAUGUUACAGCUUGUUUAGCUUAUACGUAAAUCCAGCACUGUUGCAAACCCGUUUGGGGACGUGCGCUUUUUUUGAACUCGGUCGGAGAGCAUGUGCAGUGAGCAGUGAGGUCGGAGCGAACUUUGCCGUGCCGGGGUGGAAACCCCGCUAUAUGACACGGGCUCCCCGAGGGCAGGGAGGGAGAAGCGAGCGACUGACUCCCUUGCGUGGGAAACAGAGCGAGAGAGCGCGAGCGCCGCGUCCCCCUCCCUCUUCCAGGCGAGAACUCCUCUUCCGCUCCUCUCUCAGAACGCGCCCCGCCCCUACUCCCCGGGCUUAGUCACGUGCUCCGAACGGCCGCCAAGCAGCGCCGCUUUUUACGACAGGGUGACAGCCAAAGGGUGCGACGACGACGACGUCGAGGAGGAGCGGCGGCGGCGGAGGCGCAGGAGGAGGAGGAGGAGGGAGGAAGGAGGAGGAGGGAGGAGGAACCACCACCACCACCACCCACUGGAGGGGUGUGUGGGAGGGUCGGGAACGGGAGGGCGGCGCGCGCACGGGCGGGAGCGAGCGCGAGACGCCCGGCCCGACGCGAAACGACACCCACCCCCUGUCCCCGUCCCUCCCCGUCCCCUCAUGGGAAUGUGAGGAGAGGGGGUUGACGCCCCCCCUCAACCCUCGCCUCCGCCCCUGCCGCCGCCGCCGCCGCCUGAGGAGCGAGCGAGCGCCCCCCUCGGCCCAGACCCGCCUUCUUCCCACCGGCGGCGGCGCCCAGGUGCGGAGUCCAGAGCCAGCGCGCAGCAAUGGCGUCCAACGCGGCCGAGAGGGAGAUUUUCCUCACAGACCUGCAGCAGGUAAAAGAGAGAAAGUGGCGGCGGCCGAGGCUCGCUCCUUCCUUCCUUCGUUCCUUCCUCCCUUCUCUCCUCACGGCCCGGAAAAGCUCUUCUUCCUUCCUUGCCGCCCUUUCCUCCCCCCCCCCAUCCCUUCCAGCCUGGGGCCUCCUGGCCGCGGAGGUGGAGCCGCCCCCCUCCAGGCCCCCUUCCUCGGCGAGGCACACUCUGCCUCCCAGUGUCAUAAUCUCCUUUGCUGCUGGAGCCGCUUCUCUCUCUCUCUCUCUCUCUCUCUCUCUCUCUCUCUGGGCUCAGGCCACCUUGAGGUGGGUGGACCCCAGGAGUUUUCCUUUCCCCUUUUCUCCAUCCCCCGCACACACGCCUACCUCUUUCCUGAUUUUGUAUAGGACUGGCUUGUUCAUCACAGUGAACCUCUCGACCUUUAUUCUCCACAAAAUUAGUUUCUGCUGAUCUCUCUCUUGAAUACAAAAUGACAGCUCUUCCACAUUUAUAGGACCUUAGCAUACGUUAUUUAACGUUAAAUAAAUAAACGUUAUUUAACAGUAAAUUGCAGUAAGUUGUACACUCCUUGUAUGUUGGAGUUAUAUUACUUACAAGUUCCAUAAACUAGCAGCAUGUCUCCAAUAUUUCACAUCCAUGGUCAAUUGGGAAAUGAACACCCAACCAGAAAUUCUGUUACUGCCUAAGUGUUUAUAUGAAAUAGUACAGUAACAUAACUGAUAUAGUUUUAGAUGAAUCCAAAUAUUUGCCACUAACUGUCAAACUGAAUGUACAAUGGGUGGAUGUCAAGUGUUCUUCCGUUCCUAAAUAUACUGUAGAGUGUGAAAGUGACUGGAGGGCAAGGCCUAGCCUGAAAAGUAUAGUGUAAUCACUGCCACAGGCUGUGAAAGAAACAUUGUGGACUAUUUUAAACUAGCGUGGAAUACUGUUGAUACAGUAGCGGCAUCACCUAUAUUUAUUUUAGAAGAUUUAUAACUUGCCUCUUGGCUCCAAGAGGCUUCACAGUAGCUUACAAUAUAAUUGAAAAAACACCUCUGAUAAAACAGCAGUAAUAUCACAAUAACUGAGAGCUGAGCAGCAGUAAACCAACUGUAGCAGCAGACUGCACAGUUAAAAGGGCAUUCUGCAAUCAUAGAAGACACUUGAUACUUCUAUUGAGAAGGCCCUGUCCUGUGUCCUUACCAACCAUGCCUCUGAAGGCAAAGGAAUAUGAAGCUAGUCCUUUAUUUACCAUUAUGAAAGGUGAAAGGAUGCAUGUGGAAGCAUGCAAUCCUCAACUAUUCUGACCAUUUAGGACUUUAUAGAUAAUCACCAGCACCUGAAAUUGUAAAGAUUUGCAGUUGUAAGCCAGUUGCAACUGUUAACACCAGGGUUAUAUCUUCCAUGAAGCAGGUUUCAGCCAGCAUUCUGGCUGCUGCAUUUUGCACUAGCUGAAGUUUCCCAACACUUUUUAAAUGAAACCCAGCGUAGAGCAUGUUACAAUAAAUUCAACCUAGAAGUAACCAAAGCAUGUGCAACAGUGGUCAGACCUGCUUUUUUCCAGGAAAAUGCAUUGCUGAUGCAUUUACCCAAGCUUUGCAACAGCAUUCCUGGUCACAAUAGUAACCUAAGUAUCCUAGAGCAAAUUUAGGUCAAGGAGAACCCCAGGAUACAAACCUGGAGUAGAGGUUCUGUUCAGACUAGGUAGUACCCCGAGGCUUGAAAUAGCUUCUCUGUUAAUUAGGAGACCCUGUCUUUGCCAGGCUUAGCUUCAAUUUAUGUACUCACAUCUGAUCCAUAACUGCUCAAGCAAUGUUUAACACCUUCCGCUGCCUCCCUGGCAUUUGACGAAAAGGAGAGAGAGUGCUAGGGUUCAUCUGUAUAUUGGCAGUAUCUAGUCCAAAUCCCUAAAGUCUCUCCAGCCAUUUCAUUUUCAUGUAAAUGUUGAACAGCAUGAGGACAAAAUAUAAUGCUGGGGCAUCCUAGAAGCCAAAGGCCAAGAAGGCGUGCAGAAAUCUCAACACUGUUUUCUAGGACCUGCCCUACCAAUAAGACCUUGAAUCUUUGCGAAACUGCUUCCAAGCCCUAUCCUGACCCAAAGGAUAUAGUCGUUGGUUGUCUCAAAAGCCAUUGAGAGGUCCAGCAGAUCCAAGAGAGAUGCACUGCCCCCAUUUAGCUCCUGACAUAUAUCAUCCAGCAAAACUGCCAAGGCAGAUUGAGAAGGAUUGUGGGAACCAAUCUUUUCAAAAAAUGUCUAUAGAUUUGUAACACUUGUACACCUUGCCCAAGAAUGGUAGGUAGGCUGGUAAUUAUCCAAAGAUGUAGGAUCAAAUAAAUGUUUUUUCAGCACUGGCAGAACUGAUGGCAUCUCUCUCUCUCUCAAAGAAGCAUUCACUACCUAUGCCAGCCAUUUAGAUGGUUCCUUUUGGUCAAGAGGGCAUGUACAGUGGUACCUCGCAAGACGAAUGCCUCGCAAGACAAAAAACUCACUAGACGAAAGGGUUUUUUGAGCUGCUUCGCAAGACGAUUUUCCCUAUGGGCUUGCUUCGCAAGACGGAAACGUCUUGCAAGUUUGUUUCCUUUUUCUUAACACCGUUAAUACAGUUGCGACUUGACUUUGAGGAGCAACUCAUAGAAUGCGGUGUGGUAGCCUUUUUUGAGGUUUUUAAAGACUUUGGUGAUUUUUGAAGCUUUUCCCAAACUUUCCCGUCACUGUGCUUCACAAGACAAAAAAAAUCGCAAGACGACAAAACUUGCGGAACGAAUUAAUUUCGUCUUGCGAGGCACCACUGUAGUCAGUCUCAAACCUACAAGCAACCUGUCCACAUGUUCAGGCAGAAGCAACUCAAACAUAUUCAUCAACUGGUAAGCAGAUACUGUGGAUACAUCCAUAGUUUCUGUUCCUGAAGAUGUGCAGAUGUGUAAAGAGCAGGUGUGGAUGAUUUCAUCUGCAAAGUGUUCUGCAAAUUUGUCACCGUAGGCCACUGAGCGGUUACCAAGGGGUCUUCUUUGAGGACUCGGAUUUGACACGCUCUUCACCACUUGGAACAGCUCUGCUGGAUGACACUGUACUGAUGAGAUGCAGUGGAAAAGUAAAAUUUUGUGAGUGAUCAUGUCAAUUUCUCAGGUCAUUUCCCCAUUCCAUACCUCUGACAUGAUAGCCAGUCAUGUUAGCUAGAAACUACCCAAGAGCAGUCAGAAAUUAAUUUGGAUCCAUCAGUCUCCAUGGGCAGGCCAUCCUGAUAGUUUUACAGAGGGUAUGAAACCCUGUGAAUCUACAAGAGGUAGUGAACUCCUUUGUUAUGGACAGUUAUCUCAAAGCCUCCCACCAGCAGUGUGUCCAGUCCAGCAGUGUGUGCAUGUAGAUAGGCCCAUAGUUGUCAUGGAGGCCAUGAAUUCCUGACCGCCACAGAUGAGGGUACAUAGUACUUGUGGUUUAAUAGUCUUGAUAAUAUUAAAACCCCUUUCUCCAAAGCAAUGCCAUUGGCUAUUAAUUCCAAGAGUUAAAGUGCAUGUUGAUACCAGCCUCAUGACAGACUUUUUGUAUUGCUUUCAUAGUUUUGUCGUCUUUUUUUGUUUUUCUUAUGGAAAAAGUCAAAAUAUUUUCUGCCAAUUUUCUUGAUAACACAUGGUGUUGCAAAAAGAAGCAUACUGUGUAUUUUACACAUUCUGUUUCCAGAAUUUGCUAGUGUACAGAAGGUAGAAAGAGAAAGGAAGCAGCAAAAAGCCAAGAGCAGGAUUGAAAAAACUUCAUACAUAUGGUCACACAGGCUCCUAAAAAUAUGAUAGCGGCUCCCAGGAUUUUAAAAUAGUUUUCCAUAACUGAUUGAGAGAGAUGUGACUUUGUAGUGACAUGGAUGCUGCUGUUAAAGCAAAUCCAGUUGAGGCGUCCAAUGUGACGUUUGUUAUUUCCGUAUGAUGUGAAUUGAUGAUGUUCACAGGAUACUUGCCCCAAGGCGUCUGACCACAUGCCCUCUGGACCCCUGCCCUUUUUGGCUGGUUAAAGCCAGCUGGUGUUACUGGGCGGAUGAGGAACUGCUAGCUGCUCUUAAAGAGUUGGUGAUGUGACUGCACCUUUAAAAACCCACCCUGGGCCCAAUGGUGUGUAAGAACUACCAGCCAGUUACCAAUGCCCCAUUCUAGGAGAACGUGGUAGAGAGGGUGGUGGCAGAGCAAUUUCAAGUGUUCCUGUAUGACACUGAUUACCUGGCUCCACUUUAAUCUGGGGUUAGGCCUGGUUUCAGUGCUGAAUCGGCUUUCAUUGCCCUAAUGGAUGACCUAUAUCAGGGCAGGAGGAGUGCAUCCCUGUUACAAUUACUUUCUCAGCAAAUUUUGAUACCACUGACCAUGGUAUCUUCCUAGAUCAACUGUGCGGGAUGGGUUUUGGAGUCCCAAAGUAGCAUCAGGGGAGUUCUCUUUGACUUCCUGGCACCUGUCCUAUGUGGUUCUGCAAAGUAUUGUUUUGUUUCCAGUGCUAUUUAACAUCUAUAUCAUGCAUAGGCAAACUCCGGCCCUCCAGAUGUUUGGGACUGCAAUUCCCAUCAUCCCUAGCUAACAGGACCAGUGGUCAGGGAUGAUGGGAAUUGUAGUCCCAGACAUUUGGAGGGCCGGAGUUUGCCUAUGCCUGAUCUUUAUGAAGCCACUGGGAGUGGUUAUUAGGAGUUUUGGAGCAAAGUGCCAUCGGUUUGCUGAUGACACACAGCUGGAGCUCUACAUAGCAUCUGAAUUAGGAGAGGCUGUGCAAUCUAUGGACCAGUUUCUGUUCUGGAUGAGGUUGCUUUGAGAAAUGUAGCUUGGGAAGGUAUUCCUGGAAAUGUCUUUGGUGGCUAGAAGUGCUUUUUACCUGCUUUGUCUGGUACAGCAGUUACAUCUGUACCUGGACCAGGAUAACCUGGGCACUGUGGUCCACACAUUGCUAACCUCAAAACUGGAUGUCUGAAGAACACUUUUCCAGCUGAGAUUCAGCAAGCACCCUCACUUUGGGCUUUCAGGAGUCUCUUGAAGACUUUUUUAUGUUGACAAGAUUUCUGAAUUUUUCCCUGAAUUGACUCUGUCUUUAAAAGUAACUUUGCUCUUUAAAAAUUUAGCACCAAUCAUGAAGAUAAGAAAAGUUGUAUACCUCUUUACAAGUGGUAAAAGGUUUAGGGAGAACUAGCACUAUUCAUGCUCAGCUGAGAGCUGGUGGACAAGAAAAUGAAUAUUAUUCCUUUGGGAGACCCUCACUAUCAUGACAGUUUUAUAAUUGUGAGCACAGGUCACUGAUUGCACCCUUCAGUUUAAUACUAAUACAAAUUUGUCAAAAUAGGAUGGAAGUCCACGUUGUACGGGUCCUGAUUUAGUGAUUUUAUGUCUUUUGUUUAAUCCCAGCAUUUGAUUAAGUCACAAAUGUUUGUUAUCUUUUGAAAGUGGGUAUUAUUCAGAAAGCAUAUUUGCAAUAGUGGGAAUAUGCGUCACAGCAUAUGUAAUGCAACCUGUAUUCCUUAGCUACAGAUAGGAGAUUGGGAGCACCCUGUGGACUUAAAUGUUUCUCCCUCAUUUAUUUACCUGCUUGUGCAGGCAUUCAUCGUUUUCUAGCCAUUUCAGAGAUAGCUGUGAUUAUGACUAUGCCAGCAUUUUGCUAACCAAAGUUGGUGUCAACCACAAUUUGCACCCACGGUUCUAAAUAUCCAGCUCCUAAGGUGGAGUGGAGAAGCCAAGGUGUAUUCGCUGUGUGCUGGCUGUAUGCCUCUGGGCACCUGGCUAGCAUAGAGUGAAAACAAGCUUCCAACCUCUUCCCUGUGUCCAUUCAGAACUGGAACAGGGUGGAAGUUUGCUGUCUCCCAUUCACCUCCAGUCGCAGCUCCAAGCUUGGAGCUCCAGAGAGGAGAUUGGGUUUAUCUUUGACUUAAACUAUAUUGUGUGAGGUCUGGGCAAGACCCUACCCAUUACGGGAGGAGCAUGGUUCUUGCAACCACAAAUGUUUGGGUUGGCCAAAGAAUGCCAAAAUUUGUGGACCACUUGAGCCAGGCCAUAUAAUUUUAAUCUUAUUUCCUGAGCACCUGGCUUACAAACCUAAGAGCAGGAAGUCUCAGAGACUUUAUCCUGGUUAAAGGAAACAUUCAUGGCUGCAUAACCAGCAUAAGAGGCCAAUCUGAGUGGAUUUGUCCCAGUUGAAAGGAAAGCUCAAUAUAGAGGAGGAAGAGUUGGACGUUUGAACUUAGACCUUCACCUAUGACUGGCUAUGGCUGACAGUCUUGAUAUCAGGAAAUACAUAAUAAAAAUAUAAUUACUGUUACUUCAUAUGGCAUUCCCUGUGAGGGGCAAAUAAUGUUAUGUUUGUAUGCUGGUUGCAUUAUAUUAAAUAGAAUGAAAACUUUGUAGAGGCCUAUGCAUUGAGCCAAUAUGAUACUUUGAUCUCUUAAUACCAGCACUUGAGUAUUUGGUAGUAAUGACUAUGUGGCAACUAUACCCUGGUCAGCUGAGAUGAGCAGGAUUUGCAUAAUCAUGAUAUUUGCUACAUGUAGGAGUGUAAAGUGGGUGGACAAAUCUCAGGUGCAUGAUCUUCCUUGGACUGUUUAAACAUGUUUAUGUCAAGCAAUUUGAGAUUGAAAAUACAGUAAAGCCCUUAGAACUUCAGACAAGAUUUAGAUCGUGGCAGCAGCUGUAGGUUACCUGUUUCUACUUUGUCUAACAUAAUUUGUUCUUCUUCCAAAAUUAGUUCCUUGUUCUGCAUUCAGUGUCAUUUCUGAAGUUUCCCUGAGUUCGGGUGGAUACCUUGUUUGGUGUUGCGGCAUGGCUUUUUUUCUUACGAAUGUGAUUCAGAAGUUCUACACAUACGAAGUUGUCUCAUGCGUUUUUGAAUUGGGACAGUAUUCAGUUCAAGAAUAAAAAUACUACUUUAGAGCACGGUUUGGGAGCCUCAAGCCUGAAUCAAAUGCAGCAGUACAGGCCUAUCUCACUGCUCCUUGGGAUUCUCCCAGCUCAUGCCUCUUCACUAGGCCACACCUCUUACCAGCCCUGUUCUGAGGCCUCUGAAGAGCUUUUGCCCAGAUGGAAUAUAUCCUUGAACUGUGAUAAUGUUCUUGCUUGUGUGAAUGGAGGAUGGCAAUAUAGGUGUAGGUGUAGAAGCCUUGGGCAUUUGUGUGGCUAGAAUGUGGCCUACUGUACAAAAGAAAGAGUUUCAUCCAUUGUUCCAUCCACUGUUUCCCCUGGCCCCACCUUCCACACAUUGGGAAUGCAGUCUCUGAAAGGUUUUCCAUAAUGGAAUGUAGCCUUUCUACUGAAACGAUGCCCCAGCCCUGCAUUAGAGUGUAUUACAAUUUUGAGAGAACAUGCAGUUGCAGUUGCUCUGCACACACUUGGUCCAACAAUGGUUGUUGACCCAUAGACAGCUUCCCCACCUCCCCUUCUCUUCUACUUUCUCCAUCAUGUCAGAAUACUCUUGGGGUUUAUUAAACUAAGCUUUCUUGUUGCAUCCAAACUGCUAAACUGUGGUUUGAUGGUUUAAAGUCUGAGAUUAAAACCAUAGUUUCCCAGUUCAGAUGAAGAUGGAAAUUCUGGUUUAAUAAAUCUUGAAAAUACUGAAUUGCAAAAUGAAAGGCUGGGGAGAAGAGAGUGCCUGAGAUCAUUAUGUUUGAACUAGCCCUGAAACUGGAUUCAAUAUUUCAUGUUUGAUUAUAAGUGACUCAUAGGUCUGAAAAUAUUGAAGACUACUGAUCUAACACAUAUCACAGUGGAAACAAUGGAGAGUACUCUUUUAUUCCUUAAAAAAGGCAACAGAAAUCAUGAGAGAGAUGAUAGGGCACCCCACCUGAAAGGAAGUUAAACGUUGAAGUUUUAUUUAUUUUUUAAAUGAAUUGCUUCUGGCAGUUAACAUAAACACAGCAAGAUGAAUGUGAGUCAAACUGAAAAGCAAAAAUGAACACAAGGCACAUUAUAGAAGGGCUGGAGAGAGCACAAUGCACACAUAUUUGAUUUAGUCCCUUGCACAACUAAUUUUAUUUCGUGUGAAGCAAUUUAUAGAAUAAACUGAUAUUUUAAAAACUUGCAUUGACUGUGGAUAUGUUCUAAAGUUAGAAGCAUCCCUGGAAAAGUAAAAGAAGUGUAAGUCAAAUAUGCCUGACUACUGCUGUAGCAUUCUUGAACUGCUGCCCAUGUAGAGCUCUGUAAUCUCCUUUAAUGGAGACGUGUUUUCUUUGAUAGCAAAGUUUGUUUGUUUGGUGGAGUGAGUUUUAGCCCUCAGAUGCUGAUUCUUUCCAAUUUUAUUAUUUUGGAAAUUUGCAACAGUUGGAAAAAUUGUAUUACCUUUACUCAUCUUCUGAUCUUAAUGCUAGAGUUUAAUCUACUGAAUUCAUUUCUGAUGCUGAGUAUUUUAAGUCAAGAAUAAGUUGCUGAGCUAUUUUAAGCCCAAAGAUUGUGAAUGAGCACUAAUAGGGAAAGUUUCUCAGGAAGCAUUUGCUGUGUGUAUUCCGGAAGGCCUCAUUAGGGAAGUAAAUAAUUAAUUUCCUAUGAUUGGUCAGUACUGUCUGGCAGGUACUGUCCAUCUUCGGAAAGCCAAAUUAGGUUACCACUCUGAAUUGAAUAGCACUGUAUACAGCUAUCUGUAAUAGAACUCUUAGGCUGCAAUCUUAUAUACCAGGGGUUGGAAACAUUUUUCAGGCAAAGGGGAGUCCACAUUUCCUUAUGGUCAACUUUCUUGUCAACCUAUGAGGCAGGCAGAGGAAAAAGUGGGUAGAACAGUAGAUCUCAUCCUUUCUCCAUUUAGGCAAGCAAGUGGCAUUACCUUGGAAGAAGGACACAUUCCAGUCAGGCAAAAGCAAUCAAUUAGGACUAGUGAGGGCCUUUGAGGAACAUUCUUAGGGUUGGUAGAGAGCCCACAGACAUUGGCCAGAAGUUCCCCAAUCUUGCUUUAUACAAAAAUUAAAUCCAUGGUUUUUAUAUGUAUUGAUUAUUUUGUAUCUUUUAAUUACUCUCAUGAAGAUCUGUUAUCCUUUAAAAAACAAUUUGUGUUUAAUCUACAGAAGAAUUGUUAAUGCAGUUCUAUGGUAGUUGGGUGAUAGAGUAAAAGACUGCUUUCCAUUGCCAACGUGCAAUCAGGAGGACACUUUAUGGCUCCUAAGUGUGCAUAGGCACACUAGAUAUCUGCCCCACACCUGACACCCCAUGUCAUGUCAGUUGUGAGGCUGGUGGGUGUGGUUUAGGAAUAAAACUACCUUUCCAAGCCAAAUCUGACAGGCCAAGUAUGGCCUGUAGGCCGCAGGUUGGAAAGGAUAGGAGAUGUAAGUAGUCCCUAGUAAAACCAGCUAGAACUUGAAAGUGAAAUAAAUCAGAUAAGCAAAAUAAGAGUUGUUUGGUCUAGUGAAGUGAGUGUGUGAACCAUUUAAGAAUGGGAAAAAAGGAAAUUCAGCUAAGAUUUUGGGCAGGUUGCGGCUAAUAAAAACAAAAAAUGCUUUUGAGAUCUUGUGAUGCAUCGACUUAGGCAAAUGAAACCAGUUGUAGGUUGUCCAGUGUUGAAAUGUGUCUCACAUUUUUUUAAAGUAAUGACAAUCUACAAGAGGCCCAAACAGCACCAGUUUUGAUUCAUGAAGUAAGUAGGACAACUGCUGAGAUACUACCAAAUUGACCACUUGUUAACAAAGCAGAAAUGAAAUGCCUUACUAAGAAGCAAAGUCUUAUUAUUUUAAAGUAUGCUACUCGUCAACCAGAAUUGGUGUAUGUUGCAUUUGUUGAGCUCUCAUCUGCCUUUGACCUCACUGAAUAUGAAUGAUUCUUGAAAAAUCUGGCAGUUACUUCUGUGGAUAACUGCUGUUUCUUAAGCAGGACUCUAAUAUUGAUGCUAAUAUUCAAACUGGACUCAUGGGCUCUUAGAUUCAGUAUUUACACCUAAGGGUGUAAUACAGUCGUACUUUGGUUCGUGAACGCCUUACGAGUCAAACGUUUUGCCUCCAGAAUGCUGCAAGCCCAGAAGUGAGUGUUCCGGUUUGCAAACGUUCUUUGGAACCCAAACAUCCAACGGGGCUUCAACAGCUUCUGGUUGGCUACAGGAGCUUCCUUCAGCCAAUCAGAAGCCACGCCUUGGUUUCCAAACUUUUUGGAAGUUGAACGGACUUCUGGAACAGAUUCCGUUCAACUUCCAAGGUACCACUGUAUUUUGUUUAUUUAUUAAAUAUGUAUAUUGUCCUUCAUUUGAGGAUCACAGGACAGUUUACAAUAAAAAUACAGAACAUAGUAACAAACAAAGAAAUACUCAUCAAGUAAUGGGGAAGAGAGAAAGAAGCCUAGAUUUUAAGUUUUUAGCUGUGCACAGGACAGGUCUCUUUCAGGCAAUGCCUGCAGAAACAAAAGCAAAUAAAAACUUGGGCUCUGUGCCCCUGUUCCCAGCUGACAAGCAGGGUUUAAAUCUUGUUUUAGCUGUGAUCACCUGUUUCCUGCUGGGAACAGGUGUGCUCAGCCAAGGCACAAGGCAGAAUUGAACCCUGCCCUCCCAGCUGAUGUCACGGGCCAGAGAUUCCCCACCCGUUGUACAUAAAGGAUGCAGUUCAGGAGUUCUUUUCUUCAUACCUACCCACCCCCACAAUUGGUAAUCAAGAAAUUCCAGGGCUUCUUACACAGGUGGCGUGGCUCAUUUCCUUUUCCCAAGUAGGUAUAAGAUUACCUUCCAAAUACGGAAGUUCUUGCAAGCAGGAAUAUGGUGCUUCCCCAAGGAUUGAUCGGUGUUGUUCAUUUUUAUUUCAUAAUUUUCUGGAAGAUCAGUCAGAUGAUUUCAACAUUAGAUUGUUGCUGGCUAAGACAAGUUUGCUAUCUACAGCAAGAAAGUUACACACCUACUUUUUUGACCGUAAAGAGGGUUGAGAGCUAGGCUGCCAUGUGGAUUUUAAAAUGAUAUGAGGAACAAUAUUAAAUGCUGGCAAUUUGUAUUCCUGAAAAUGUUUAACUUACUCUUGAGGUGUCUUGUCUUUGUGUGUUGCAUUCUAAUGUGUAUUAGCUGCAAACAAUUUCUAAAAAUCAUAUUGAUUUGGAGGCAACCUAUCCCUUCUCUGACUUGCACAAAGUGUGGGCACAUAUACCUGGUCUGGUCUGCUAACACUCCCCCAUAAUGUUUGCCAUCUUUUACAAUCCUGAUACUAAGCUCAAGUGCUAAACUGCUGGAGCUCUCUUUAUUUCGACUUUUAUCUGGUACCUGUAUAUAGUGGUAUAAAUAUCAGUCUGAGUCAUGCAAACUUGCUUAACUAGCCAUACCACUAUUGUAAAUAAUACUUGCCCCAUAUAUACAUUUGCUGAUUCACUUGUGCACUGGGAUUUUCCUGUUACAAGAUGAUUUCUGUAUAUAACAUACAAGAUAAGAAGAGAGCUGCAUAGGCAUUUGCCUUGUCCUUGUCUGGUCAUUUUUGGAAAUUAGAGAGGGGCAUCACUGUGAAUUAGAAAUUUAAGCACUGGUAAAUAUUUCAGUUGCAUGUAGUCUAUAUGCUGGAAUGAUUCCUCACUUUUUCAUGUCUAUCCCUUGCAUGUUGUAGCUGGUCAUGAAUCAAGGGAUGGUGGUCCAGUGUAAAUGUAAUGCUUAACCAUGUCAAAGUGCAAUGUAAAGGAGCUUGCUCAAGCAUUGGGCUCAUGUAGUCCUCCCUGUUUUCCUCUGGUGUGCACCAAAGGCGGAGGUUGAAUAUACCUUCUUCUGAUUUAAACUAAGCGAAGUUUGUGAUUACAGUAGACAAAUUGUGAUUAGUUUAAAGUGUAAUUUAUUAAUAUAACUAUGAUCCAGUCAUAUUUGAACUGCUACUUUGUAGGCAUGAUGAAAUCUAAAGGCGACCAAAUGGUUGGGUUGAAAUUGUUCACUUUCCCAUUUUGCAAAGCUUCCUGAACAAGAGCAAUUCAGAAGUGAAUCCCAGAUUGAGGAUUCUGACAGUAUUGGGUAAAUAGAAACCAAUGUAGAAUCCUUUCAAUAAGGAUCUACAGAAAACUAUAGUGCGGAGAGGGAGUUUCAAGGGGAGAAGUGGUGAAAGUCCUGAAGUAAGUUUGGAUAUAAAUAUGAUUUUAUGUUAUGGUGUUUAUAUGCUUGCAAUUUCAUAGUAACAACAUUUUAAGCAUUUAAAAAUGAACAUUGCAAGAAAGCAUCUAAAGAAAGACUCCACUGAAAAUAAUAUGGCUACCUUCCACAAGAGAGAUGCUUGUGGAAAUUCAAUGUGAUUGCCCGAGUGUACUGGAAAUUUUGACUUGUUUUCCAACAAGAGGCUCUCUUCCAUCAACUUUUGUCAGUUUUGAAAGUAGUUUUCAAUGUGGUGGGCAAAGGGAUAACACCUCUUCAAGAAAAGUAAAUCUAAAGCCCAUCUGAAUGUAUGGACUUAGUCAUGUAGUGCUCUUAUCCCUAAAGCUCUAGGUUCUGUAGUAAGGUAACUGCUUACGCAGUCAGAAUUCUGCAGAUCUAAGCAUAUGUGGAUAGCUUUUAUAACUUACAGUAUUUGUCUGAAUUUGAAAUUUUCACGGUUCCCAUUUUGCACAGUGGAUGUCAUAAAGCAUAUCGUUUCUCUGCUAGACUGUUCCCUGCAAUGAAUAAAUUAGAUAAACAGUGCAGAUAGAAUAGUUAUCAAAGCAGUCACUCUGCUGCAUUCUGUAGGAUCAAUUUAGGACUGCAGGGUUUAUGUAGUUUUGCUAGCAGGUGGAAAUUUGAGGUUCUCAUUUUAAAUGAAGGUUGGUUCAAUUUAGUGCUGCAGUUUUGGAAUCCUGAUGCUUUCAAUUCCAUGGUAGUCUGUCUUCAUCCUAGGAAGUACCACAGACUUUGAUCUCCCUGCUCCUGUUCAUUUUGCACUCUAUAUAAGCUAACACAUUCUGCUGGUAAAUGACUCAUGUAUGUGGUUCAGGGGGCGGGGGUGGGGGUGGGGGAACUGAUAGAGGAUCUUGAGUUUGCAGAUAUCUUCCAACACUUCUUAUAAGAGAGGUAUAAAAUAUUUGGAAGGGCUACAGAAUACUAGAUCUCUGGCAAAUUGCUAAAUGUUUAGCUUUACUUUCUGAAUAUAUGCAGCAUGGUUUCUUCUGAAUUUAAUAGCCAUUUCAGACAAUAGUAUAAAAUCCUACCUGAACAAAGAUAAAUACAGUGAUAACUUGGGUUAAGAACGUAAUUCAUUCUGGAUGUCCGUUCUUAACCUGAAACUGUUCUUAACCUGAGGUACCACUUUAGCUAAUGGGGCCUCCCGCUGCCACCACUGCAUGAUUUCUGUUCUCAUCCUGAAGCAAAGUUCUUAACCCGAGGUACUAUUUCUGGGUUAGUGGAGUCUGUAACCUGAAGCAUCUGUAACUCGAGGUACCACUGUAAAGUGAUAGGUAAAAUAUGAUGGCACAUGACAUCUAACUGCCAAAUCACAAUUAUGGCCAUUACUCUGUAUCUUGAGGCCAAAUCACAAUUAUGGCCAUUACUCUGUAUCUUGUACUUUGCAAAUGAUGGAGCAUUUUGCUGCUCGAGUUUGGGGGUAGGCGGGAAAAGAGAAAGAGGAUGCCCAGCCAAGAGGCUAGUCUAUCUUGUUCUCAUGUCACUGUAGCAGUGCAUGGACGAAUGUGAUGUCCAUCUCUCUGCAGAAAGCAGAGUUUAGAGUGCCACUGCGGUCAAGAUAAGUCACGAGAGUGAACACAUAACAUUCAGAAGCAGUUAUAAACCAGUUUGCUUUUACAUUUGGAAGUUCAAGUCACUGUUUGGGUUCUGUGGUCAGAAUAAUGGAUGUGAGAUUACUGCUAGAGUAAUCUUUACUAUAUUUACUUACAGUUGCCUUUUGAACCUUGAGAAUUUUAUGGCUCUUGCUAUAUAUAGUACUGCACCAAACAUUCAUGUUCUGCAUGUUAACCAACUGUGUUGCUUUAGAAGAGACGUGGGGAAUAAAUAUAAUGUUGCAUUCUUGCAACUUUCUCCAGGGUAGUUGACCAUGAGAACUCUAGGCUUGUAAUGGAUUGCGAAAGUCUUGUUGUUGUUGUUGUUGUUGUUGUUUAGUCGUGUCCGACUCUUCAUGACCCCAUGGACCAGAGCACACCAGGCACUCCUGUCUUCCACUGCCUCCCACAGUUUGGUCAAACUCAUGCUGGUAGCUUCGAGAACACUGUCCAACCAUCUCGUCCUCUGUCAUCCCCUUCUCCUUGUGCCUUCCAUCUUUCCCAACAUCAGGGUCUUUUCCAGGGAGUCUUCUCUUCUCAUGAGGUGGCCAAAGUAUUGGAGCUUCAGCUUCACGAUCUGUCCUUCUAGUGAGCACUCAGGGCUGAUUUCCUUAAGAAUGGAUAGGUUUGAUCUUCAUUCAGUCUCCUCCAGCACCAUAAUUCAAAAGCAUCAAUUCUUUGGCGAUCAGCCUUCUUUAUGGUCCAGCUCUCACUUCCAUACAUCACUACUGGGAAAACCAUAGCUUUAACUAUACGGACCUUUGUUGGCAAGGUGAUGUCUCUGCUUUUUAGGAUGCUGUCUAGGUUUGUCAUUGCUUUUCUCCCAGGAAGCAGGUGUCUUUUAAUUUCAUGACUGCUGUCACCAUCUGCAGUGAUCAUGGAGCCCAAGAAAGUAAAAUCUCUCACUGCCUCCAUUUCUUCCUCUUCUGUUUGCCAGGAGGUGAUGGGACCAGUGGCCAUGAUCUUCGUUUUUUUGAUGUUGAGCCUCAGACCAUAUUUUGCUCUCUCAUCUUUCAUUAUAUCAGACUUUUAGCAUUUUUUUGUGCAGAAAGAAAAAUAAUAGUUGAUAUUAUUUGAGAACAUUGUUGGAUACCUGAAACCUGUGGAGACAGAUAACUUUUUUUUAAGUAAAUGAGCCAAUAUAUUAUGUUGCCAAAAUAUAUCACCAAAAUUGGCUGUUUGUGGCUUCCUACAUUAUCUAUAAACUAUACUGAGGGAAGGAGGGAACAUCUGUGGGUGAAAUUGGAUGGUUAUUUGGUGAAGAGGAGAAAUUUCUCACAAACAUAGUUUAAUUUGAGUAAUUUUUCACCAAACAAGGGCAUUUAGAAUAAGCAUUCUGAAUACUACAUAUACUUGUAUGAUUUGCUGCUGAACCACUCAAUCAUUUGGUAACACUGUGCUAGUUAACAUUAUGAUUGUUGUGCAAGACAUACAGUUAGCAUGUGUUUAAUCUUUGAAAUAUUACAUUAACUUGCCUGAAUAUAUUCAGGGUCCCCCCCUCCCCAAGUUCGUUCAUCUUGGAUUUUAUAUUAAGAAAAAACAUUUUUACUCUAACAAACAUUUUUUUAAUUUAGAAUUUUUUCAAAAUGAUAUAGAAGGCAGUUGCUGUGUGAGUAAUUGACAUAUUAAGAACAUUUUAAAAAUUCCACUAUUGACUGGGCUCCUAAACAUUUCAUUGCCCCCACGCCCCUGCGCCCAAAUCUUUGGAAAUAUGAGAUCUCUUUUAACCCUCCUGUCGUGAUGAAAUGUGUAUUACUAAUUUAUAAUAGCCAGCAUUCAGAAUGUGACAAGCAUUCAAAGAUUGGAUUGGCUACACCUCUCCAAAUGAAAUGUGCAUCAACACUUUCCUAGUAAUUGAUGGAAGCAGUUGCUUUGUAAGUUCUGCAGUGUAAGACCUAGAAUAGUACAAGAUUGCAUGUGAUCAUCUUUAUCUAAUAAGACUCUCGUAUUUACUAACAGUAUGACUUUACAUUUACUUAACUGGGAUUUGGACUCUAGCUUUUUGUUUAAUAGCUGAUUGUGUAUGUAUGAAGCAUUUCUACAGGAAAGCACUUAUUAAAUGCCUAGGUUCUGUGCAUGUAGCAUCUGAAAAGAUUGCAGCAUUAAUCUAAGGACUUGUUUACACAUUUAGUAAUACUGGACUAACACCUCAGCACUUCUCAAACCUAAUUUGUGCUCUGUGUUCAGAGAGCGGUUGAAGCAAGUUGAAAGAAGGAAGAAGUCUUUGGAAAAAUAGGGGACUCUUUCUCAUUUUCUGUCAUCCUAGUGAUAAUGUGAUUAUGCCAUUUCUGAUAUAUAUAUAUGGGGUGCCUGCAAAAAAACCCCACUUAAUAGUUAAACGUCUCAGGGUGGUGAAGGCAUAUGAUUAUAUUAUAGCAUGGUGACUAAAAUACCUUGUGGUUUUGAUGGGGUAACCAGAGACAAACCUCAUACAUACCUGCCUCUGUAUUCCAGAUUCAGUUCUGUGAAAAUAAUGUUUUUUAAUCUUUGUUUCUUCAUGGGACAUAUCUGCUAAAUAUGCAUAAAUACAUCAUUGUUACUUGGAUUAAUAAUUGUCUAAAUUCACCUUCGAAACAGUGAAAUCUACAAGUAUAAGGUGGCAAUCUUGUGCGUACUUAUCUGGGAGGAUGUCUCUUUGAACUCAGUGAGACUUCUGAGAAACAGCUAGGAUUGCUGUGUUAGACUAUUAGUUUUCAAGCAUAUCUGAACAGAGUCUGAAUGUUUUGCAAAUCCAAUGGAAAUUAAAUGACUUCUGUUAAAAAUAGGCACAUGAAAGGUGUUGUGAAACUUAAACCUGUUACUUUUAAGUGUUGUCAGUCAGUAUAUAACACUGUCAUUGCCCCUGUAGUACAUUUUCAAACAAGUGGUCAGUAAAAGGCCUCUUAAAAUGAGUAUUAGUUUUACAGAGUAUUGUGGGCAAAGUCAUUAAUUAACUGUUGUGCAUUUUAUUCUUUCUGCAGGGAGAUGUGCGAAAUAUUCUUUUCUCUGAGAGCGUGAGCAUUGGACAAAAAGUGGACUAUUCGGACACGAUGGUACAGCAGAAGUUGGAUGAAGUAAAGGACCAAAUAAAACGGGAAAUAAGGAAGGAACUUAAAAUCAAAGAAGGAGCAGAAAACCUCAGGAAGGUCACUACAGAUAAAAAAAACCUGGCUUAUGUAGACAAUAUUUUGAAAAAAUCAAACAAGAAACUAGAAGAAUUGCAUCAUAAAUUACAGGAAUUAAAUGCUCAUAUUGUUGUAACAGAACCUGAAGAUGUUACAGGUAAGUGAGUGGUUGUUUUUUUUUUUUAAUGGAGGUACUUAAAAUCAUCCUCAACAUUUAACCUAGAAGAGUUAGCAGUUAAUUUUGUGAUGCCAAUCCUUCACAUACUUUUGGUCUGCUUUUUAAAUAGUGAGAGUUAUAUCAGAAUUCACGCAGUUCUACCUGCAGAUACAUGUGCGUAAAGAGCAGCCACCCCCACUUUCGUUUAACAUAGAAAAGCAGCAUUAGGAAUCUCACUUAGUCCAUUGCACAUAAUUAUAUUGCUUCUGCAUCUUAUUCCUCUAAGAUGUUGCAUAGUAAUAUGGAAAUGAAGUAAUUUGUAGCUGCAAAUCAUAGAAAAUAUGCUUCUUGUGACACUGCUCAGACUGUGGAAUUCCAGUGAAACAUUAGGUGAAACAAGUAAGGAAAAUUCCUCUUGUGCUAAUUCCAGUUUUCUUCUACAGCUUAGUAGGUGAAAAGGAGUGCUUGGAUUGAACUUCAGAGAGCCAUUGUGGCGUAAUGGUUAGAGUGUUGGACUAGGUCCUGGGAGAGCAGGGUUCGAAUCCCCUCUCAGCCAAGAAGCUCACUGGGUGACCUUGGGCCAGUUACCAUCUCUUAGCCUAUCCUACUUCACAGGGUUGUUGUGGGGAGAAGGAGAACCAUGUACACCACCUUGAGAUCCUUGGAAGAUAAGAGGUGGUAUAUAAAUGUAAUAAAUAAAUCUUUCACUCCCUAGCAAUUUUUCAUAGAAAUGAAGUCUUAGUCUUGCAUGUGUAGCCCUUUGGCUGCAUAGAAAGAAAAAUAAAUCUUCUUAGUGGCCUGAAAAUGCUAAAGUUCAAACAAGCAUAUUAUAUUAAAAAUAAACUUUUAAAAAAUCUGAGAAAAUAUAUUACUGCUAAAGUAAUACAGAUAGCAUCCUGCAGAUUAAUUUUCAAGGGAAGAUACUGCUCAUGCUCCUACUAUUCACUCAUUUUACAGGUGUUUUGAGCAAAAUCAGCAGAGAUUAACUAUGGGUCUAAGUACAGUGUCACUCAGGGACAUAAAGUCUUAGUAAAGAACAAUGUCUUUUUGCAUAGACUGAAAGCUCGGCCUUGUAGUGUUCCUAUUUUGUGCAGAUGCAGCAGGGAAAAAGGCGGGGUAUAGAUAAAUUUCUCCUCCUCUUCCUCCUCCUCCCCAUGGCCAUGAGGGGGCUAGUUCUUACUUCCUGCUUUCAUUUCCUGGUUCUCCAUUGUACUUGGGCAGAGCAGAUAGUGAUACCUAGGUCUGGCCCUUCCAGGCUUCUGGCUUGUACAUGCUCCCCAUUUUUGUUCUAGGACCUGCAAGCAGCUCUGCUCUCUUGGGAGCAUGAGAAGGUAUCCCCAGCACAAUGACAGUGAGGCUACUUGGUGCUUCCUCAAUCCCAGCGGCUGUGUUGUGAGCUGGGUGUCCUGGGCAUGGAACCUCUCCAUUCCUCCUUGUAUCAGCAGAGAUGAGAGGAUCGCUGUCUGUUUCCCAGGCAACCAGGUCAUCCCACUUCACCCCAUCCACCUCUGUAGGCUCUGUUUCCUUUGUGUCAGAGCCAGCUCUUUGUUCACAACAUAAUGAUCUAGGGACGCUUCUGCCAUCACCUUUUAAGAAUGCUGCUGUUUUCUUCGCGUACAAACAGUGCAUCAGCUAGUGGCGGUUCUUAUGUUUAGUUUGUGAACUCACAGUCAACCCAGUGGCACGUCUUGGACCAUUUGAGGGGUUAUUCUUGGUUGGUACGCACAUGAAGUCUGCUAUCAAGUUUGCCAUUCAGUAGACCUGGUUAGGAUUUCAACCAAGUGUCCCCUUCAAGCCAUACAGAUUACUAAAAUGUAUUAUCUUUAUAUUGGUAAUUAAUGAGAUGCAUUGAUAAGAACUUUGGGAAACUAUUGUUCUUUUGGAGAGUGCUAAAAGGAGAGGAAAUCUAAAAACCUGUUAUAUUUUGGUUUCUCAACUGCAACAAUAACAAUUUGAAAAACUGAUGUUUUUAUCAUUUGCUAACUUUGUAGCACUUUGAAUCAUAGCAUUAGGCUUCCGCCUUUAAAUGAGCACUCCUGUUAGAAUGCUAUAGAGAAUGUAAUAUUUGCUGCAACUAAUUCAUUUUGUUAGUAAGCUUCUGAAUAUAAUCCAUAUCGGAAAUGCUUGUCAAAGCAUAUAGUCAUGUUUGAAGAGUUUUACCUUGGUUACAAUCCUGUCCUAAUUUUCUAGGAACCUAUUUCAGCAGCUAUUUGAAGAGGAAGAUUAGAGGAAGGAUUGGCAUUUAAGUCUCAGUCAUGAGGUAGUUUGCUCAAAAGUGGCAGUGUUGAAUCGGCCAUUAGGUUCAACAAGUUUUCUGUGGAGAUUGAAAUUCAACAACAUGAAAUAAAUGUUCUUUCCAUGUUAGCAUUACCCAAGACUUUUUAGUCAGCUCUCUGUUUUAUGUAAAUUUGGACUAUUCAGUUGAACAGAAAAAGUGUUUUUCAUAUCUUGUAAGUGUAUAUUUCUGAAAAGAACAGUUGAAUAACACAAAGUACAAUAAAUAGUGUGGUUGUAACCAGAUAUCUGGCCAUUAUUUGUUGGAACCGUUGUUGUUGUUGUUUAGUUCUAUGUCCAAUAUCAAGCACAUGCAGACAUGUUUUCCAAGAAAUAUUUGUAUUUCUUUCAUGCUUCUGAGAAUCAGUGGAGAAAAUAUAGCAGUAGCGUGCGUCUGAGAGAAAAAGGUGCUUCAUUUUUUGUCACCUACCUCAUGUUUUGUGUUUUAUUUAUCUGUCUGGAUAUUUGCUUGAUGCAUGUCUGUGUACACGUGUAUGCAUACAGUGAGAAACGGAAAGGAAUAACUGGAGAGAAUGUUGAAGAACAAAUUUUUUGGGAAGGAAUGGUAAAAGGAGAUACUGCAUACCAAAUGUGAGAUCAAAACAACAUGGGCUAAUGGACUGUAUCUAAGUCAUACUCUGUGUACCUCAUUGAAAUAAAUCUAUGUAUGUUAAUGACUAAGUCCAUUCAUUUCAGUGGGACUUUGAGACAUCAAUGUUUGGGAAAUAGUUCUCUGUUUCACUCUGAAUUUAAAGUGGUAAAGUUGAGGGAAAGUGAGCCAAGAGAAUAAUUUCAAAACACUUUUUCCCUGGCUACAGCAUUCCUUCUAUGUUGAUAGUAUCUCUAGAUGUGUGGAAGUUUUUUCAAGGUGUUCCCUGUAGUGGACAUAAUGAUGGACACAGUUUUUGUUGGAAUGGGAAACUAGUUAAUGUUCAGUAAAUACAUAAUCAGUAAACAUAAGAUUAAGCAAAUUGUCACUGGCACCAAAAUUAUUGUAAAGCAACUAGACAGUUUGUUGAUGCAAUCCAUGGAUAGUUUUAUAACUAUAAAAGCCGCAACUAGUUCUGCUUUUUGAUUACUUUAUAGUAAUCUCUGUGGUAGUUACUACUAACCAAAAAAAAUGUUUUUAAAUUAGACAUUCAGGCUCGCUUAUGUCAACCAUUCAUUCCUUUUCACCAACAGUCACUUAAACAUACAGGCACUACUUUUUUUCUUAUGCUAGCUCUAGUGUUCUUGGCAUAAGAAAUGAAUUACUUAAGCGUUAGGCACUGUAACCUACAACAAAUAGUAACUUGUGCUUACCCAAUGUAUGUAUGUGGAACAUAAAGGAGAUUAACUGAAUCAACAUCCUGUAAAGAGAGGGGGGAGAGGAUUGGAUACACAAAUAGAAGGGAUAUUUUUGUUAAUGAAAGUGUUUUGGAUUCAUCAGAUUCUUCCAUGGCUAGAAGUCUGCAGGGCAGGAGGGGAAGGGUAGUCAUUAUGCCAGUGGUUCUACAGUAGUUCUACAGAUUCCCGCAGCCCCCCAGAGCACGGGGGAUUUUCAAUGGGAGAGUUUCAUGAGCAGAAUUCUGGAACUGAGCCAUUAUUUAUUGCAGUUGACCUUAUUCUCAGCUUUUACUGGAAAUUCUUUUCCAUUAUAUUUGAAAUAUAUUUGUGAAAUACUAUAUUUGAUAAGAUCUCUUAGAACUAUUAUUGGUGAAUGGUUUAAUUUUGUCCAAGAACUGUUUUCGUAGAUCAUCAGUUCUCAGUUGGAGUGGAAAAGCUAUAUACCAGUCACCCAAGACAAGAUAGGAAACAUGAUAGUCUGUGCCUCAGUGAGAAACCAUCACCUCACUUUGACAUGGAUACCAGUUUGUGCAAAAUACUGAAAAGUUACUACAAUAGAAAGCAUGGUAGAUAUCAGGUGUAAUCUUGGGCAAAGAUAUAAAAGAUUUCUUAGUAGAAGUACUGUAUGCUUACUAAAAUAAUUUGGCUAACUGAAAUAAUUUUAUAUUAAUCUUAAUACUUUGACAUUUUGCACAGAUUGCCCCAGAACUCCAGAUACACCGAACAGUGACCCUCGUUUUCCAACUAACAACAGGCUGAUGGCCUUAAAAAAACAGUUGGAUAUAGAAUUAAAAGUAAAACAAGGUGCAGAGAAUAUGAUCCACAUGUAUUCGAAUGGUUCAUCAAAGGUAAGACUUAUGAAAAGCCAGUUAAAUUUACCAGUUUGCGUGCGAAUGGUGCUUUUUUUUCAGUUGAGGAAGCCGCCCAGAGUGGCUGGGGAAACUCAGCCAGAUGGGCAGGGUAGAAAUAAUAAAUUAUUAUUAUUAUUAUGAUUAUUAUGAUUAUUAAUCUUGGGUAAACCAAAGAGUGGUGUGGUCAUUUAGAAGUAAUUCAUGUAUGAUCUCAAUAGGCUAUCAUUCGUGCAUCACAUUAUUUGAAAAACAAAAAAAUGUUGGGGAGUUUGCCACAUUCUGAAAACCUGAUAUUAUAUCACUACCCGAUAUGGGUAGUGUGACAAAGUGCCUUGUAGGAAAAUUCAUCAUAUGCUGCAUUAAAACAAAGUUUCUAAAUGCAUUUUGUUGCCAAGCAAGGCAGCAAAAUCUUUUGUUCACUGGUUGAGUACGUGCUUCUUUUGAGAAGAUGUGCCAACUGAACAUCUUCUCGGAUUAUGCUGUAGCUUUUUAUUUUAAAAAAACAGCCUUCGCCCUUCCCAUUCUUACACUUUGGAAGCGCUACAUCUGUCCCAAGCCCAGGAAUAGUGCUCAUCAGCAACCCUAACUUGGAACCAGGAUGUUGGCAUGUGGCGAAAGAACAAAGAAAAUGCAGAUUACCAUAAGUGAUCUGAAUGGAUUGCAGAGACUCAGAGUUGGCAGUUUGAAUUGCUUCCUGAUGGCUCCCUGACCUUUUUGAAACUCAACUUGUAGCUUUCUAAGCACUGUUUCAGUUAUACAUAUGAAAUUACACUGUUAAUCUUACUACAGCACUUCUAACAUGGAGGGAAGCUGUUUCUUCCAAGCUCCUUUCCAUUACUUCAAAUAUUUAAAAGCCUUAUUUUCCCUUACAAGCUCUACCAUGUGUGUGGAUAGUUUUGUCAUAUAUUUUAUUUGAAGAAACAUCUUCCACAUUCUCUACUGGCAAACAAAUGCAAAUGACAUUAUGGUGCAAGUCCUUAACUUUGGGGAUCAGGGACUGCCGAUAACAAUUUCAAGGGCUUGCAGAAAUUCCAGUCAUGAAUUUAUACAGUCCACGUGACAUUACAAUCAGUACAGGAGCCCUUUGAUGAUAAGCAAUGUGUUGCAGAGUACAGUAGUGCAACAUUUUAGUUUUGCGAACUUUGAAUUGUUCCGCAGUACAGCAGUUCUGCAUGUUGAAAGCUUCCACUCAAGUCUCUUGGGUUGCUGGGAUCUACUUUCCUAUUAAAACUUUAUUUUUAAUACUCUGCCAUCUUCUGCAAGGGUCUGUGAUAGGUUAAAAUAUAUAGCAGGAAGAAAGAAAUUUAAAGAGGCAGUAAUAGAGUAUUUGAUGCAAAGUUCUGACAAGUGGGUAAAACAUAAAUUGAGGGGGAAAUACAAUGGAGGAAGGAAACAGCAAAAUGUAUUACACAAUAGUCGCAAAACUGUGAUUUCUGAAUCGCCUUGAAUUUGUCAAAAAAAGACAACACAAGCUGCUGUUACUUGGAUGUCCCUCCAUAAUUCAUAUUUUAAGAGCAUCUUUAUUUUCUUUUUAGGAUAGAAAGCUUCUUGCGACAGCUCAACAGAUGCUUCAGGACAGCAAGACAAAAAUUGAAGUUAUAAGGAUGCAGAUACUUCAGGCAGUCCAGACUAAUGAACUGGCUUUUGAUAAUGGUGAAGCAUUCAAGAGAAGAACAUUCUCUAAACUGUUGAUAGAAUCUUGGAUAGGAUCUUGCCUUCCCCCUCAACCCUGGGGAAAAUUCUAAAUCCCCAUGGUUGGCAAUCCAGCCCCACUCUGUGGGAACUUCUCUGGCUUGCCCAACUCUAUCAAAAGUGGGUGUGGGAUAGUGCAUGCUGCUCUACAUCUGUAUUGUUUCAUCUCUCCCCAGAAGAAGACCUGAUCUGUACAGGACACUUGCCACAUGGAAAGCCCCAAAUUGUAAGCUUUCCACAAAUGCCUAGUCACAUUUUAAGUGCCCUUCCCGGAUGUACUGGCUCAUUCACAUGUAAGGUUAGAAAGCUAGCCAUUAAUAGCCUGGCUGAGUGGUGCCUUUGGCCUGCUGUACAAUGGGUCAUCGCACAUGGUAAAUUAAUUUAAAAUGUGACCAGGCAUGCAUGGUGCACUAGCAAAGGCUUUCUGCAUGGCCCGUGCCCUUCAUAAAUCUUGUGUUAGAAGCUUGUAAUGGAAUAUGGGCACCAGAUUUCCCAUCAUCUGCAGCCAGACAGAAUUGAAGACUCCCUCAGUGUGUGAAAUGCUAGGAGAGUGGGUCUUGUGUUUUCUCCAUGAGGAAAUGUAAGUGAAAGGGCAGAGGAUAUAAUUCAGAGAAGAAAAGGAGGAUGGAUGGGUGGAGGAAUGGGAGUCAAGAGAAAUCCAUGCUGGGCCACAAACAGAAGAGUGCUAAGGAGUACAGAGAGAAGUAGUGGAGAGAUACCAUGAGAGCGAACAACUGUUGAGAUAGUAAGCAAACCAAUGGUGGUUGAGAAAGGUGAUACCACACAUAGAAAAUAGAAAGGGGGCUCAUGGAAUAGGCUGCAGAGCAAACCAAGUUGAUUGUAACAAUUUGAGUAAAAUAACAAUGUGGCCCACUUCACUUAAUAAAAAUGUAAAAGACCCUCAGAGUGAAAUGAGUUGUGCACUCCAGUUCAGUAGCACCAACAGAAAGGUUGCAACUCCUGCCCUUUUUGCUGAGAAAAUUGUGAGCAUGAGCUAAAGGUUUGAGAAGGAAGUGAACUAUAAGAACUUACAUGGCUGCAUUAGCACAUAACACUCAGCCAUGGUUUUGCCUUACAUUCACAGGCUGGAAAGAGGCUGACUGAAGUCUCAGGCUUGCAUGCUCUCUUCUCUUCCAUUGUGGGCGGGAGAAGACCUUGCCAGUGUUUUGUUUCAGAUUCCUUGCGUGCAAGCUAGGGAUUUUGAGUUUAUCACAAAUUCUGGCCAUUUUCAAAACAAGCCAAUUUCAAAGCACGGUCUACGAAGCUGCGUUGUUUAACCAACACCAGCCACGUGCAGAUUUGGAGAUUACCCAGCAAGGUGGAUAUUGUCUCGACAGUCUUCAUGUGGAGUUGGAAUCCCAUGACACCAUGCAGCUACCCUAAAAAAUAUGCUGCAGUGCUAUCAGUUGUUGCAUGCAAAAGGACCACUUGGUUUCAGGACCACAGGUUUUCCUGAGGUCUUCACAUUGGCAAAUGAUGUGUUUUUGAGAAUUGUAACCUAAACUUAACAUCUCACUUCUUUCACCAACUAGGCUAGGACUUUUAAUUAUUUCUGGUUGUUGUGGUCAAAAUGUUUAGCAGUUGUUUGUAUUAAGAUAACCAUAUUAAAAAGCUAGCUGAAUGCAUACUAAAUAUCUGUGUGUGUAUUUUUACCUGCAGCAAAGCCUGUUAUAAGCCCCCUUGAGCUCCGAAUGGAGGAACUGCGACAUCAUUUUAGGAUAGAAUAUGCAGUAGCAGAAGGGGCAAAAAAUGUUAUGAAGUUGCUCGGAUCUGGAAAAGUUACUGACAGAAAAGCACUCUCAGAGGUAAUUUUAACAGAGUAAAUAAAAUCUGAAUUUAAACAGUUCUAUUUCAAUAAUUUUCUUAGCGGAUUUCUUUUUUUUUUUUUUCAUGAACAAGGCUCAAGCAAGAUUUAAUGAAUCAAGCCAGAAGUUGGACCUCUUAAAGUAUUCACUAGAACAGAGACUUAAUGAACUCCCUAAAAACCACCCCAAAAGCAGUAUUAUUAUAGAAGAACUUUCACUUGUUUCGUCACCAACACUAAGUCCACGUCAAAGUAUGAUCUCUACACAGAAUCAAUAUAGUACACUAUCCAAGCCAGCCGCUUUAACAGGUUUGUUGUUGUGUUCUUUUUUCUGGAAAUGUUGUUUGUUUUUGUUUCUGUUUGCGCUAAUUGCAUAAUUGUGAGUAUUUCAGUUGCUGACUAACCUCAAACUUCUAAGUAGUGGCUUGCAUUUAUGUUGGUUAAGAAGAUUCUUGCGGUUGGUGCUUUUAAGAGGCGGGUCUUGCUAUUCUAGCACAGCAAAACCCAAAGGAUUUUUGUAAUCGGAAUUGGCAAAUUAAUUAAUAUUAGAGACUUUUAGAGUUGUGUCCAACUCUGUGUGUGCAGUGGUCUGCUUGCACAACGGGGCUUCUCCUUUCUCCCCAGGAACCCCAAAAUUUUCUCCUCUGGGACAUAUUUUGAGGGUAUGGGGGGUGGGGCACAGGGGAGAGGGGGGAAGUUGUGUUGUCCAAGCAGAAGUAUGUUGCAUGAGACUUGUGGAUUGCCAAGCAUUGGAUCCAACCCCUUGUCCCAACAUCUGAUCAGGCAAAGGAUUUCAGCCCCCCACCCCUCAAGCCAAUUCCUGGGACCCACAAAGUCCUACUAUCCACUAGCAGAGUCUAACACAGAAUUUAGAAGCCCUUGAUAUGAUGCUUUUAAUACCCCCAAAUGCUUUGAGAACAUCUGCUCCAUUAUUCCUCGCGUUACACUUUUAGGUGACGUGGGGGGUUGUGGGCUCUCACUGGUCAACCAUCAGACAUGGCAGUAGAGAUGAAGUAUGGUCAUAAUCACAUGCAACUGAGUUGUGAUGGAAAUUAAGUUUUUCCUAAAGGGAGAUUUCUACAAAGCAUUAAGACUUUGCUAAUAACGUGAAGAGAGAAUUGCAAAUAGCAGCAAUGUAUAAAAAUGCAUCUCCCAUUUACUUGUGCUAAUGGGUUUUCUAGAUUAAAGUAAUUAAAUAUAAGAAAUUUAAGAGUUAGUAUUCCACAAGAAUAAACGUCUGCACAGGGGUUAUAGAAGUUGAGACUAUAUAGUCCAACAGUUCCUCUUGACAGCCUGUGUGCGUGUCUGUAAUUGCAGCACUUCAUAAAGAAAAUAAAUUCCAAGAUAUUUCGUAUGCUUAAUGAAGAUCUUAAAUACAUCCCUGCAGAUUUUAUUUGCUAACUUGAAGCAGGUGUUGAAUAAAAACUCUGUUCCUAAUAUGUUGUUUACUAAAUUAUUUAAUAAACAACCAAAUUAGAAGCACGAGCACAGCUGUUAGCUUGUGUUUCCCAAAAUGACUUUAGUUUUUAAACUGAACUUGUAGCAGAACUAGCUUGUUACAUACGUAGUCCUGCGCACACAAUCUGUCCCUUGCCAAAUAAGUUCACAUUGAAAGUUCACAUGUAAGUCAAAGUUGAAAUGGUAAAAGUUGAUUUGCAUUUUCCUUACAAAAUUAAUGUUCCUUUUUACUGUAUAUGUGUUAAAAGUAUGAUGGGUGGUAUUCAGCUAAUUUUUACUCGGUGUAGGCCUAUUGAAAUUAAUGGGUUUAGCUUAAUCUUGUUAAUUUAUUUCAGUUGGUCUACUCUGAGUAACACUCGGUUGACUAUCCCCCAGUGUGUAAGGUAGCAUUUCCUAAACUGUUGCCCUCUAGAAAUUUUGGACUGCAAUUCCCAUCAACCCGUUGGCCAAGGAUUUAUGGGAGUUAUAUCCAGCAACAUCUAGAAGGCCUCACAUUGAGAAAGGUGAUAUAUGAAAACAAAUGUAUGUUUCGAAAGGCAUGGAUAGUGCUGUGAAACUUGUGAAGGUGUGCCAGGGAAACAUUUGAUCAGGGUACCCUGCCACCCAUAUAUAUGUAUGCUUGUUUUUCAUGGACAUUGUGUGAAGCAGCUCUUACAUUGUGGCUAGCUAAGAAAUAAGGUUUGUGCUUUUAGAUCGUCUCCACAAGACUGAAAGUUUGUGAGUUACCUGUCCUGCUACCAUUCAUGAGCUAUUUGUAUUUGCUGAAGCUGGUGUUUUGAUAGGAAUAUGAGCCAAGGCAAUCUGAUUUCAUUCUAGGUACUUUGGAAGUUAGGCUCAUGGGCUGCCAAGAUAUUUUGGAGAAUGUCCCCGGUCGAUCAAAAGCCACAUCCAUUACUCUACCUGGAUGGAGUCCAAGUGAAGCCAGAUCAUCUUUCAUGAGCCGAACAAGCAAAAGUAAAAGUGGGAGUAGUCGGAACCUCCUGAAAACUGAUGAUUUGUCCAGUUCAGUACAUUUUACCUUUGCUUUUAUCUUCAGAAAACACUUUCAUGAAGCCUUUUAGUAAGAGUAGAUACAUGUAAAAUUGGGUUAUUAGUAGUUCUUCUUAACAGGGGUAUACUCAAGCACAUCAGAUCAUUCAGGCUGAGGUCUUGAACAAGUUUCCUGUUUCGGAAUAGGACCGUGAAUGCUAAAAAAUAUUAAGUAGGUUGAAAAGUACACUGGCUUGGGAACCCUGAGAACCUGUUUCUCAGGGGUGCUGCCACAUAAGACACUGCUGAAGCAUUCCAGAGCAUAGCAGGAGCCCUGGUGCCAGCUUCCAUCACCACUGCCAGGCACAUUGGUGAGGAAGGGUGGAGGGAGGCUGCAGCAGCAGCAGGGAAUACUGUCACCAGUGUCAAGUCCUUUAUCAGCGAAGGGUUGAACCCCAUUCACAAUGGAUUGGGAAACUUCAACUGGUGGGAGUUUCAACUGGGAGAGUGUGUCAACAUUCACCAUUCUUUAGCAAGGGUAAAAGAAGCAAAGACAUUAAACAUAAGACAUUUAAAAUAAUCGUAAACUUAACAGUAGCCACAGUUUCUUGCAGCUCGUCAUGUUUGUAUUUGUUUUUCCAUUCCAGACAUAUAACCAGUCCUUGCAUGUUUUGCUUGUUUUACUUCUUGAAAAUCCUCUUAAAGUUCUAAGCUGAGUUUGUGUAAUUUUCUUACAGACGAAAUCUGUGCUGUUUUGAAGUUGGACAAUACGGUGGUUGAUCAAACUAGCUGGAAGCCUAUUUCCAAUCAGUCAUGGGAUCAGAAAUUUACACUGGAGCUAGACCGAGUAAGGACCUCUUUAUUGUGUUAACAGUAAUUACCAGCUUGGUAAUUUUAUGUUUAUUUAUCUGUAUAUAUAUACACGGAGAGGUCCUAGCUAGGAUCUGAAGUUUUGUGUUUUUUGCUGCCCUGCUCCUUCUGGUCCUUGAAAAUCCACUUCCGAGUUCUGGGGUAUUACUUGAAACAGGAUGUUAUGAGGCACUGAAAUCUGCAGCAAGGCGACUGGGGGAGUCAUCAAAAAUUUGAGAGGGCACUUGUAUAAGCAGAAGUGCAUCCCAUCCUAUAGGAUUCUAAGUCUCUGUAUUUUGUAAUAAAUCCCCCACUAUUGGUGAUUUAUGGCUCUUAUCUGUCAGCUUCUUGAGGAAGAAGAGCGAAUGUAGACUUCAAUGAGUGAUAAACAAUAUUUCCUUCAGUUAAAUUAAUUAUUUCAAUAGACCUGAAAGUAGAUACAGUCAUACUUCGGGUUACAGAUGCUUCAGGUUGCAUUUUUUUCAGGUUACGGACCUGCCAAAACCCGGAAUUACCAGAACAGGUUACUUCUGGGUUUGGGGGGUUGCGCAUGCGCUGAAGUGCUAAAUCGCACUUCGUGCAGAAUCACAGAAUCGCAAGUGCGCAGACGCCCUUCUGCGGGUUGUGAACGUGCAUCCCGCACGGAUCACAUUCGCAACCCGAGCGUCCACUGUAGACUGGAAAACAACAAAGCUCUGAGAUCUAGCCAAUAAAGUUUUAUAACAAGUCAAACAAUUAUUCUUAAAACAACAACAACAACAACAAAAUUCUUCAUUUGCUAUUUUCACAGUCUGCCAGUUGCUUUAAUGUGAGAGGGUGAAAGAAACUGACAUUUGGCCAAUGAAUAAGAUUUCUUCCAAAGUUAAAUAUAUACCAUAUUCUUCCAGAAUAUUAUUCUGAAAAAUACAGCCCAUUAAUUAUAUAUAUAAAAAAAUUAAAUCAAUUGAACUGAUUUUGAAGUUAAUAUCCCAACUAAUUCUUUCUUCAGGAAUGAGAUUUAAGCUAAAAUGUGUGGGGUUCAAUUCUGGGCAACAGAAGUGUAUUUUAAAUUCCUUUGAAAUCAGUGCAGUUUAAGCACUUGAACUGAAGGCUUGUUAAUAUUUUUUAACUUUCUGGAAUGAAUACAUGCCAUGAAGGUGGUCUUAAGUGUUGGGGGUAAAUUCACACAUGCAGACUAUUUGUUUCCUUAGGCAGAAACAAUGCAAGUUAGUAAAUGGAGAUGGCUUGAAGCACUGUGAUAACGGAAAAUUAUUCCAUUUAAUAGGAUCCAAUGAUAGCAGGGGAUUUUGUGGAGAUUGGGAGAGCCCAUUUAUAUUUGUGAAUUGAAACAAAAGAAUUAUCUGUGUCUGAUUCUCCUUCGUAGGUUGUUGUUGUUGUUGUUGUUGUCAAUAAACACUGACGGAAAUGCCUAAGAAAUUUCUAAGCAGUGUACAGUUAUUUAAAAGCCUACGUGUUCCCUUUCGCAAAAGGGAAAAGCAUGGCUGAUGGAUGGGGCCAUGUUGGUCUUUAGCAUGCUCUUGGGGGGCAAGAGGUGCAGCCUCCAGUAGCCCAAAGCUUCCCUUGAGCUUUGUGGUCCCAGAGCAAUUGACUUGUGGAGCCAAGUGCUCAUUCUGGCAGGGAGGAGGGAAUCUAGCUCCCUUCAGCUGUUCCUUCUCUGACUGAUGGAUGGGGACAGGCUCAACUCCCCCUCUGCAUGCCUCUCUUCCUGGGAGGCAGGAGGUGCAACCUCUUGCUGACCCUUGGUCCCCUGACCGACAGCAGAGGCCAGAGUGUUCUUCCCUUCAGCACUGUCAUCCAGGCUAUAUAUUACAGAAGUUGCAGGAGUUUCCUUUUAUCCGCGCCUGUGACUGCCAGUAGUAAAUCAUUCCCUUUCAGCCUACCUAGUGCCACACUGAAUUAAGCUACCUGUAGUGUUUGUUCUGCAUGUAUGGGUAUUGUUUCAAGUGGUUAUGCAAGGCAAGAAUUUCGCCUUGUAAAAUAUAUAUAUUUUCACGGCUCAUCUUUCAUAACAUGGACUGCAUUAGAAUAAACGUUGUUGACUCCGUAUGCGGGUAUUUUGAUAGUAGCAAUUUUAAAUUGGAACACGCUUUCCAAAGGGCCUUGUAAAACCCUAGGUUCACCCUGAGCACUGUUGCAGUUGGGGGAGGGGCAUGGUGCAGCGGUGGUAGAACACAGGUUCAGUUUCCAGUAUCUUGAGGAGGGGCUCGGAUCGAUCCCUGCCUGAAACCCUGUAGGUCCAUGGCCAGUCAAGUGUAGAGAAAAUUGAUUUGGACAGAUUAAUGGGGUCAGCAACCUAAGGCCCAUGGGCUGCUUGUUUAACCGGCCCAUGGACCGCUGCCACCCGCUCGGUCGGCUCCCGUGCGCUGCGCUAAACUGGCGCGGAGCACAGCGGGUACCGCCUUCCCCUAUGCUGGCCAGCUUCCCAUUGGCUGCAGGAAGCCCCUGCAGCCAAUGGGAAGCUGCGCACACCUCUGCGCCAGAAGGAGCACCUGAAAUAGUGUGUGCGUGCACACACACACACCCCGGCCCACCGUGGCGUCUGUGGGACCAUGAACCGGCCCAAGCCACAAAAAACUUUGCCAACCCCUGGUCUGACAUGGUAUAAGGUAGCUUUCUGCAUUCCUAUGGAAUGCUUCUGGGCACUUGUUAAUGCCCAUUCUUUUAUAGGCAUGUCUUCCUGGCCAGUUCAUAUGAAGUAAGUGAAACAUGUAUACAGAGUCAGCAGUGUGCUUCCCCUCCCAUGCCAGAGUCACCAGCUCCCAUAGUGAGGUGGUGCUGGGGAGGGAAUGUGUACACUAUUUACUUGUAUGGAAUGUAGCACCAAGAAACUAAUCUGGUUAGUUCAAGGAUUUAGACGUGUGCAACGGAACUCCCCUUUCUUCUUCCCCCAUGCCCCCGCCCACCCGCAAUCUUUUCUGGGGUUUUGCCCAAUCCUCCAGAGCAGAUUUGGGAAGGAAAUGGCGAGGGUUACAGGGGAAGUUCCAUUUCACAAGCAUAAACGCACUUAUGGAGUGAGUGUAUUGGAUACAAUCUUUAGAAUUGUAGCAGCUGCACAAAUUAACAUUGUCUCCUCAAAUCCCUUCAGUCACGUGAAUUAGAAAUUUCUGUUUAUUGGCGUGAUUGGAGAUCUCUCUGUGCGGUGAAGUUUCUGAGGUUAGAAGAUUUCUUAGACAACCAGCGACAUGGAAUGUGUCUCUAUCUUGAACCCCAGGGUACUCUAUUUGCAGAGGUAAGUGCCAACGUUUUUUAAAGAAAAUUAUUAAAGGCUGUGAAUGAUUUCCAAGAUUCAUUGUUUUGUGAUUUAACACAUCUUGUCUGAAUUGCAGGUUACAUUUUUUAAUCCAGUUAUUGAAAGAAGACCAAAACUUCAAAGGCAAAAGAAAAUUUUCUCCAAGCAGCAAGGUAACAGAUUUCAGCGAAUCCGUGUUGUAUCUUAAUCUUAAUACAGGCUUAUAUUCUCAAAAGUUAACUGAAAAGGAUGCUGACGCUAAACAUCAGAAUUUCGUGUAAAAUUAUUUGUUUAUAAAUUGUAGAUAGGGCUUUCAAAAGUGAAAUCUGUUUGUAAAAAAGAAAAAAAGCAGGAAAAUGUGGAAUAUGUGACAUGUUCAGUGUAUUCAUCACAAAUAAUAAACUAAUGAAUAUGAAUUCUCUUUUAAUUAUAGCUUUUGGUGAUAAGUAAAAAGAUUACUUGUGCUCUCUGUUUUCUUUAACCACAGGCAAAACAUUUCUCAGAGCUCCUCAAAUGAAUAUUAAUAUUGCCACUUGGGGAAGGCUUGUGAGAAGAGCUAUUCCUACAGUAAAUCAUACCGGCACCUUCAGCCCUCAAGCUGUGCCUGCCGCAGUUGCAGGAGUUGAUGCGCACAUUCCUGAAUUAAGAUCACCAACUAGGUAAGUGGCUGAGAUGCUUAGGCAGGCUUAUAUGGCAAAACUCCUGUGAUGUAGAAGGAAACACAAGCUUAUUUACUCCUCUUGAAUUUCCUUCUUCCGGUUUUAAAAAGAGAAAAGUAUCAAUUAGCAUGAAGUAUUUUUUAAAUUUUUCUAAAUUGUCGCCAUGCUCACCAAGUGAAUUGCUUUCUUUUAAGUGACUCCCCUGUAGCCAAACUGGUGUUUGAACUUGAACCCGAACCCCCACAUACUCCUCCACGUGCGUCUUCUCUUGGAGAAAUUAGUGAACCUUCGCCUGAGCCAAAGGCUCCACCUACACCCACUCAGGCAAGACUUCUAAUAUAGAUUUAAAACAAUAGCACAAAUUGUUGUGUCUAGGUUUGUGAGAAAUGUGACCUACAAAUAGGACAUGUUGUAUUCUUGAUUUGUUGUUGUUUUAUCGAUGUCUUUACUUUUUAAUAAUUGGUUGCUAUGCAAAGCAUUCUGCAGCUGAUCAUUCUGUGUGCAAUUUUCUCAACCGAGUUGCGUAAUAGCUUAAAGCGUUCUUAUAAUCGGGUCAUGACCUCUCCUUUUAAAUAACUGCUGAACUGCAAAAACUCGUUUGCACCCUACUAGCAUUUGAGGUAGUAGAUACUUGACCAAAGAAGUAUUUGAAGUUAGAACUUAACCAGAGAACUGUCAACAAGCAUUUAAUGAUCAACAAGUCUCACAGGUUCUGAAAACCCUGCCAAACCAAUAAACAUUUGUUAAGACUUCUUAAAAGAAGCAGGGAUGGACACUGACAUGUUUCACUGACAAGGCCUCACUCUUUGUGUUUCUUCCCUCCCUCUAAAGAUGGCAUUCUAAACAGGGUUCCCCUAAGUCCCUGGCACAUUGCUUGGGAUUGUUCAAAUACAGAAAGAAGUAGUCUUGUCUCCUAAUAAAGAAUCUUACAGUCCUUUUCAAGCACUUGAAGAUCAAUGUUGUGAGACUUUUGUGGGUGAGCGGAGAGUUUGCUUGGACCCUGGGUGAAAACCCGGAGGUUGAGUAUCAAAAGGAAAAUAAAUGGAUAUUGAUUUGUAUAUCUUAGCAACUUGGUGUUAUUGUAACAUUUUAUAUGUAACUGUGUGUUUUUGUAAUAUUUUGUUUAAGUUGUUUCUUCAGUUUUUUUGUAUACCGCUUAGAUAUACUUGUAACAUACUAAGCGGUAUAUAAAUUAAACAAUCAAAAUCAAAAUGUGUUCUUAAACCAGGUUUAGAAAUACCCAAAUGCCAGGUUGCCUUUGGCUAGGAAGAAUUGAUUGCAGGUGUCCCAGUAAUACAUGGAAGAGGGUUUGUUUAUUUUUCUUCAACUUCAUUUAUGUGGGAAACAUGAAUAUGUGUAGGGUAGCUUGUAUGACAGCAUUCUUAAACCAGUUCUUAGACUGGUUCCUCUGUGCUGUCUUUGCAGGUCCUAUCACAAACAGUGCAAGAGGUUUAGCAAAUAGAUAUAGUUUCUCGAGGGCUCUUUUAGAAGGCAUUUGAAUCAACCUUGAGAUUCUGAAUUCCAAAAUUCUAAAUUUAAGACCUACUGCUGUAACAUUACUCUUCUCCAAUUUCUAGCAACUUUUGUUUUUUUAAAUCUUCAGAUUUUUUUUCUUCUACACAUUUCACAGGAUGCAGAAACAUUUGAUUUUGAGAAUGACAGAAAUAAUUUUGUCCCCAAACUUCAGCCGGAAAUUAUUUGCGAGACUCAAAAUUCAAAUUCUGAUAUAGAAUAUAAUAUACGAGAGCCCGAAGAUAGAAGGUAAGUCCUCUUUUAUGUUAACUUGAUGUAUAACUCUACCCAACACUGAGUAGAAAUUGUCACUUACUUUUUUAAAAUUGCUGUAUUUCAGAAUACAACAGAGAUUUCAAUUCAGUUUGCAAGACUUCCGGUGUUGUGCUGUACUGGGUAGAGGACACUUUGGAAAGGUAUGUUUGACAGCUAAAAUUACAAUAUUGUCUCUUUCCACAUCUGGUUUUCCCCCUUCCUUCCUCUUAGCCCACUUCCCUUUGCAGCUGCCUGUUGCAUUUCACUAUGUGCUCAGUAAUAGGCUUGUUGAUUUAUCACAGCUUUGAAGCUUUUUAAAUGUAUACACAACAGUUGCGAGUUUGGAACAUAAAAUGUAAUUGAAAGCAUGCAAAUUGAGUAUUAUUUUGUGUUUCAGGUCCUGUUGGCUGAAUAUAAGAAUACAAAUGAAAUGUUUGCCAUUAAAGCCUUAAAGAAAGGAGACAUUGUUGCUCGUGAUGAAGUAGACAGGUCAGUGUGAAGGACAGGUGUCGUUAAAUCUGAAUGUGCCCUAAACCCAUGGACCAAGACUACUACUUUGAGUGGGGCCAAGGGCUUGUAUUUUUAACAUUUUUUACAUAAUUUAUUUCAGGUCUGCAGAAACUAAUUUCAUUUCAUAAAAAAAUAGAAAAUACUCGUUAAGAGUUUUUAUAACAGGGCAUGUUAUGAUCCUGCCAUAUAACCCAAAAUUUUUCCAUGUUUCAUGUCUUAGGAGAUGGUGCCACUGUUCAGAACUCAAACUCAAAGCCCCAUUAAUGUAUAAGACUAGUUGUGCAGCUCUUUAGAUCUUGAUCAUGGGCUGCUGUAAUUGCCAGAUUUUGAAACCUGACCCUUAAACACACAUACUUGGAAGCAUCUCCGGUAGAACAUAAUUACAAGUAAAUGUAGGAUGACAGUGAGUGCUUGGGUCAGUAAGAAAUAGUGCCCAGCCUUUCCUUGGGUUUUAUGCCUGUCAACCUUCUCUCUCUUUCUCUCUACACGAGGGCAUGCACAUAUUGUGUAGUUGUUCGUCAUUCAUUGUUAAGCUGCUGUGCUUUUUUUAUAAAAAAAAAUUAUCACAUUAGUAUCAUACCCCUUGCAAGAACUCAGCACUGUUGUCAUUUACCACAUAUUACCAAAAAAGUCCUGAUGGCCUUUCAUGCUCUUGCUACCUGUGGGUCACUGUCAUUACAGUGGACCCUCUGGUUACAAAUUUAAUUUGUUUUGGGGGUUGGUGCGCACCCCAAAAAAUCCGUAACCAGAGGCGGCGCUUCUGCGCACACGUGCGGCGCAAUAGAGCACUUCUGCGCAUGUGCAAGCGGCGAAACCCAGAAGAAUACACUUCCGGGUUUGUCGCUUUUGCAACCCUAAGAUUACGUAUCCAAAGCGGUACGUAACCCGAGGGUCCACUGUAUUAAUUGCAGUAAGUUCAGUAUUUCUGCUGGAAGCCUGCGGUUACCGUGGCCUCAUUGCAGUUAGGCUUUCGCCUUGCGGGUUAGAGCAUGGUGCUGAUAAUGACAAGGACUUGGGUUUAAUCCCCGUUUUGGUGCGUAUUCCUUCAUGGCAGGGGGGUUAGACUAGAUGACCCAUGGGACCCCUUCCAGCUCUUAGGAUUUUGUGCAUGUAUCCCUUCUUGGAGCCGUCACCCAUGUAAUGAAGAUAAAUAGUUGAUCCAACCUCAUAAGACAUUUCUGCUUUCAGCCUCAUGUGUGAAAAGCGAAUUUUUGAAACUGUGAACAGCGUAAGGCAUCCCUUUCUGGUGAACCUCUUUGCUUGUUUCCAAACCAACGAUCAUGUGUGCUUCGUAAUGGAGUACGCAGCUGGAGGAGACCUCAUGAUGCAUAUACACACGGAUGUCUUUUCCGAACCAAGAGCAGUGUAAGUAACAAAAGGUAUAUUUUCAGGCUGUGGUGUAAAUAAGUUGGGUUUGGUGCUUGCCGUGUGAGAGAAUACUCUGCAGGGCCAGUAAGACAUAGUAACACUGUUCCCCUGCCAAAUGGUUGGGAACCACCUCAUGUUUCAGAACUCGGUUUAAAGAAAACCCUAGUUAGUCUUAACUGUGGUUAAUCUCAUGCACCCUAACUGCAAGGGAGAGGAAAUUUUGCUGCUGAGAAGUUGUGUCUGCAUAUAGCCACACCAGCUUAUAAAUGUUGUAUCAUACGUCCCUUAGGUACAUGGCAUGUAGCUCCUGCACCCAGUUGACUUAUGCUAGUGAAAUCUGUGUAGAGCUAAUGGAAGCCGGCAGAGCUUAGGUUGGGCUUGUACGGCAUCCUGAUGGAUUUAGGCAAUUCCUGUCUGACUGCAGGGGGCAUAAUUGGCUACAACAGGACUUUCAAUUGACAGACAGUAUCCUAACACGCACACCUGCUUCAUCAAGGGAGCUGUUCUAGUUGUAUCAGCAGAUGCUGCUUUCGCUCGCUGAUACCUGCCAGGUAGAGGUUCAUGACAUAGAUGCCGGUAUUAUACUUUUUGAGGAGUACAGGCAGAAAGCUUUAUAGCGGGUCAGACUGUCCUGUUUAACGCAGUAUGAUCCACUGGGUCCCAGGCUUUUCCCACUGCCUGCUGUCUUACCUGUUCCUUGUGAACUGGAGAACCACAGAUUGAGCCUGUGACCUGCUGCAUUCAAACAUGUCCUCUGCUACUGAGGUGUGGUGCUCUUUUUAAUUAAAAACUUAGAAACCCAUAUUCAAAAUAAAUUAGCCUGAAAAGACUUCUCUGGUGGUACUGAACGUUGCUCUGAAGGUUUUCUGGUCGCCUGUUUUUCAAAAGUUAUCCUUUGUAGAAGUAUAAAAAAUGCAACAUGUCAGUUCUCCCCUCUUUAUAUUUCUUUACAAACAGGUUUUAUGCUGCAUGUGUGGUUCUUGGACUGCAAUAUUUACAUGAGCACAAGAUAGUUUAUCGGUAAGUUUGCAUAAGAUUUAGAUUUUUGUUUCAUUUCACAUUCUUAUACGUUUGCCUUAUAUACCAUGCUUGCUCAGAUAUAUUAACAAUAUUACCUCCUUUUUCAUGUGGCAAAGAGGAGGACAGCUGCAUUGGGUGUUUAUAUAAACCUGCAUGCCACUUCGAAACACCUUAAAUUCAGAAAGGAUAAUAAUUUUGAGUAUUUGCAGCUAAUACUUUCCCUGUAUAGUUUGUCUCCAUUAAUGGUCAGAAUGAGUUGUUUUUAAUUUCUUUUCUGCAGAGAUUUAAAGCUAGACAACUUGUUGCUGGAUACAGAAGGUUUUGUGAAAAUAGCGGACUUUGGCCUCUGCAAAGAGGGUAAGCUUUUUCAACAGUAUUUCUCAGUGGCUUAUAAUAGCAGUCGGGAAUUUGCAACACACUUUUAUCAAUUACUGCCUCAGAUUAAAAGUGGUAGCCCCUCUACUUCCCCUUUCCACCUCUCCCCUCCCUUCCCCCACCCUGUCUCAUUCUGAGUGCUGCACAGAUUGUGGAUUAGAGACAUCUCUGCUCUCUUCCAUAUGGUGUUGGGGGAGGCAUUGUUAAUGAACAUGUGAAUUUUUUCCCCUUUUAAUCAAUUAAACAAAUCACAGAUUUAGAGUAGCUCUUUGCCAUGUCCUUUGGGCAGUCCCCGAAGAAAGAGUUCUGUGCUGAGCAACAUUUGGAACCUUCUGGUAAAAACUCCAAAAUGUGGGUUUUUGCCAGUAAGGGUGCAGUCCUAUGCACACUAACCUCAGAGUAAGUCCCAUUAAACACAGUGGAACUUAUAUGUAUAGGAUUGCACGGUAAAAGGCCUAUUGUAAUUUCAAAAGAAUAUAUUGCAAAAGAAAUGAAAGAUGACAUGUCUUUCAAAACACAGUUUUAAAAACUAACACUUUUUUGUGGCAUCAGUUUUCAUUGGCUAAAGUUACUCUCAUAAACAACUUUCCAGCUAGAUCAAUAAAACGUUCUGUCCAAAGCAUUUAGAACAGCUAUACUCAGUGGUUUGCUUUAUGUUUUUAUUGUAUAUUCCUUUUUCUUUAUUUUUGGUGGGUUUAUUUUUUGAAUAUCACCUGCCCUUCACCCAAAGGCCCCAGCAAAUCAUCAUAGGACCCUCAGAACGAUCCAGAAAGUCUUAUUGAGAAAAAUAAAACAUUUUUGUCACAAAGCAUAGGGUGGGCAAGGAGGAAAAUCUGCUGUAUACCAAUUACAUUAUUUCCAACUGUUCUGUAAACUAAGACUACAGCACACUUACAUGGGAGUAAGCUCUACUGAACUCCAUGGGGCCCAACUUAGAGUCAGGCUGCAAAAUGCAUUGAGAAUCCCUCCAUGAACUGCUACUUCUAUUGAGGAGCAGAGCUGUGCUUAUGAAAGGACUCCUUCCAUGAGUGCACAUGAAGGAAUGAGUUAAUGGAAGUUCCAUUCUGAAAUAUACUCAGAGAAAAGCCGUUGGUUUCAUGUAGUUUAUUUCAGUGUUCACAGAUAAAACAGUCAGUCAUCGUGUGUGUCCAGCCUGCAGGCCCUCCCAGACCCAGGCUAUAUAUCCUGUGGUCACACCUGAUAGGCUAGUUCAAAAUUCCCUUCUGGAGCACCGCUCCAGCAGCCAAUCACAUGCUACGUUCUAAAACCCACCCUGCCUAUUAUUCUAGGAUCCAAACUCCAGCCAUAACAAAUCUGCAAGUGAAAAUAUUGACUACAACCCUACAUCUCCACAUUUUCGAAUUCACCAAUCAAAGCAGCUUAAGAUCUGCCUGGACCUUUCGUUUUAUCAAUUCAUUCGAGUCAGGAAGGUGGGAAGGGACAAUUGCCAGAGCAGCGAGGAGGAGUUGCCAUAGUGUCCUGCUUUUAUGGAUUGGUAGGAGGAAAAUAAUGGCUUCUCAGGUGGUUUCAUCUGCAUAAGCAACAUUUGGUUCUCAAUUAUAAGUGGUAUUCCACUAUAGAAAGGAACUGUAAAAGAAUUGUUCCAGUUAUAUCCCAAGUUGACAGCAUGAAGAGUCUGUUUGUCCACACUGCCAACAUGUAAAUGAUUUUCCUUAUGCUGGUUUUCCCAUAGCUGCAAACCAUGUGAAGAGUUCAGGGUUAUUUUAUCAUCUCAUUCCUGCCGGUAUAUAAAGAAUUUUGCUUAAGCUGCCUUUUAAGUGAGAUAACCCAGGGGUUGCCCCACCCCUGUAGUCAUCCAAUCCUGAGCCAGGGGAAACUGAGUUUGUUUCUGGAAGUCCUUGAGAUUUGCAAAGUCUCCAAGAUUUACAAAGGGCCAAGCAGUCGUUUAGAGCUGCAAGCCCACAAAUUACUCAGUAGCAUAUAACCAAGUAGCCAAGUACCAGAUUCAAAGCCAAGCUUACAUCAGGAAGCCACACAAGGAAUAAGUGCUAUACAGUGGUACCUCGGGUUAAGUACUUAAUUCGUUCCGGAGGUCUGUACUUAACCUGAAACUGUUCUUAACCUGAAGCACCACUUUUGCUAAUGGGGCCUCCUGCUGCCGCACCGCGGGAGCACAAUUUCCGUUCUCAUCCUGAAGCAAAGUUCUUAACCUGAAGCACUAUUUCUGGGUUAGCGGAGUCUGUAACCUGAAGCGUAUGUAAGCCGAGGUACCACUAUACUUUAUUAGGGAGUUCAUAAGCAGAGAAUAAGAACCCUUUACCACUAAAACACAGUUAAGAAAGGCUAACCAUGUGAAGACACUUCAGGGAAUUUGAACACAGAACAAAAUAACCAUUCGAGUCAUUGACCCCAUGAGCAAGUUGCAUCUAGGAACACAUUAUUGUUGCCAUACAUGACCCUCAAAUACCAUUAGACCCAGGUCAAAGACUAGUUUUUAUACUAAAAGGGCUAGACAGGUAGGGUCUCAUUGAGCCAAUCAGGGCUUGGGGACAAAUUUCCAAGAAAUAGAUGGUGGCUACCCAGUAGAUUCUGCACAGUCUUUGUGACCUUGACACAGUCUUACAUCAGACACAGGUGCAGUGUUCGAAACUCCCACUGUUCUAGGCGCAUUUUGUGACAGAAAAUUUCAUUAGGGCGAGCAAUUUCUGAGCUCUGGGCACAGUAAGAUUUCAGAUUAAAGCUGCAGUGGAAGGAAAGGAGGACCUUUUUCUGCCUCCCCACUUCCAGCCACUCUCUGAAGACUGGAGAAGAGACCCUCUAAGAAUAUUAGGGAGGUGGGCAAGGGAAGGACUAGACCGUGUGAAAAAUGAACAUAAGAUUUUAGCUGCAGUUCAUUCAUUUUCAGCUUUGUAUAUUUUUAUAUAAAAAAGCGGGCCUAGGCACUCUGCCGUUGUGCCCAUAAGGUGCCAUUUAGCUCCUAGCUUUCAUAUCUGAGUUUCUAACACUGCACAGGUGGCAAGAUGGAGCAAUUAAAUGGGACUUUCGCUGUAGGAAAACUGCAUCAAGAAUCCUUAUUUAUUUAAAGGCAAUUGCAGGUUCUUCACACUUGAUAGUGCAUAUGUUUCGAGUGCUAGUACCAGUGUACAAAAUGUAAUGUGUGGUGCUGCUCAGAGAGAGAGAAAGAGAAAUUUUUACAACUAAUUAUAGAGCCAAGGUUUGUUUCUUACCACUUGGAAAUUCAAAUUUGUCCUACCUACAGACAACAUAGUUUCACCAAUGAAAAAUGCAGGGGGGGUGGAAUUAUGCAUGCCCUUUGUUAAUAAGGAAGUAUUUUGACAGUACACAAUCAAGAAGUUCUUGAAUACCUGCUUGCUCUUGCCCUUUUGUAAAAUUUGGCACAGAAUUCACAUCACACCCUUCUUAAAUGAGUUGUUGCCACUGGCAAAAAUUCUGUCUAGCGUAUGUAGAUGACAUUACGCUGUUGGCUUUUUUUUUUAAGGGUUGUUGAAUACAUAGCUUGGCUUCACUGUGCUUAAGAAGGAAAUCUUUAAAGGAAAAGUCAUAUUUCAUAGUUUGCUUAUUUUAGAGGCAAAACGAGAUGCCUAGCAUUUUAUGGUGUUGGAUAAGAAAAUAAACAUUUUCUGUAAAUGCUUUAGAGUGCAAAGUUUUACAAGUCUACUCAGAAGUAGGCCUCUUGUUCUAUAGGACUUAAUCUCAGGUAAGUGAGCCUAGGAUUCCAGUCUUAAUAAAUCUGUAUUUUCUCUGUCAUUCUGCAAGACCAUGGUUGUUGUUGUUUUUUAAACCACUACAAUGUUACCAGUUGUAAAUAAUUGGCUGAACAUUUGGAGUUCAAAGCCAUCAACUCUACUUUGCAAUGAAAAGUGUCAAUCCUUAUUUAGCUUUCAGAAUUUGGAUGGAGUUGGCAGAACAGGCAAAAAUAUGCAAUGUUGUUCAUGUCAUACACAGUUCUUGUUGUGUAAGAAUCCCACGAGUUUAAAGCUGGAAAGGUGAAAGGCUCAUAGAACAAAAAAUUAAAAAUGUGUAAUUGUUGCAGGAAUGGGUUUUGGUGACAGGACAAGUACAUUCUGUGGCACUCCAGAAUUUCUUGCUCCAGAAGUGUUGACAGAAACCUCCUAUACAAGAGCUGUAGACUGGUGGGGUCUUGGUGUGCUCAUCUAUGAAAUGCUGGUUGGUGAGGUAAGCUUCACAAAAUGUAAAACUGUUUCCUUUAUUCAUCUGUGAAGAGCAAAUAAAUUUGAAAAGAGCUGUUGGGUGUAUGUUUCUGUUGAACCCCUCACUCUUUUCACUUCUUAUUUGGUUAAAUUAGAGUAUAUUUAUUAAGAGAAUAUAUCAAUGAAAAUUCAGUUUCUGGAAAUUAUUCUUAUCCCUAUUUCUCCCCCACCCUCCAGUCUCCCUUCCCAGGAGAUGAUGAAGAAGAGGUUUUUGACAGUAUUGUAAAUGAUGAAGUAAGAUAUCCUCGGUUCCUUUCUACAGAAGCCAUCUCAAUAAUGAGAAGGGUAAGAUGGUAUUUUUCGUGUGCUUGUUUCAUUCCUUCUUAAUUUGUUUAGCCACGUGUGUAAGGGAAAGCAAAGUGUUUUAAGGUCCACGUUUUUAUUUGCUACGUACGUUUCUCAAGUUCACUUUACGUCAAAGGCAAGUGUGGCUUGCUGAUACAUACUAAUAUCCUAGCCUCCCCAGACGUAUGCCCCAUGCCUGUUGGAUAGAAAUACUGUGGGUAUGACCUUUACUUCCAUGGGCGACUAACUGUGGUCCUUCCAAGUUCCUCUGCUUGCAGCUCCCAUCCACCUGUCCGCCAGCAUGGCUAGUGGUCAGGGAUGAUGGGUUUUGUAGCCCAGCAACAUCCAUCUUGGAGGGUCACCGGUGAGCCACCCCCGAUUUACUCACUGGUAGGAUUGGUACUACUUGUGAGGCAGGAGGACUUUGGUUUUUUUUUACUGGAGCACCUGAGAAAGCAACCACAGCUGUAUAAAAAGUUAACACACCGGCUUAUGAUGUCCCUGGAGAUAAGCAAAGCAACAGCAAGGAUUCUUUCAAUUUUGUAGCAGCAGAGAGUGGUAGUUGGGACUCAAUAGAGACCCUGCAUUCUGGAUCAUGGAAGCCCUAGAACUUGAGCUGUUUCCUUUCCUUUGACAAAACAAUUGGAGACUUUCUGUGUAUUGGGUCUUCUUACUGUGGAAGCGGGGACUGAUUGCAUGGGAGAUGAUGUCAUUAGUCUGCUGCUGUGAGUGGUUGGAUUACUAGCCAUCUCUUGUAAGGAAAACUGAAAAUAGUGCGUGGUUUCAUGCCUUGUCUUUUUAAAGACAGCAAGUUGGUUUUUUUCUGGGGUUUGCCAUUGUGCUUUUUUUUUUGUUUUAUUCAGAUUAUUUUUGUUAUUUAAUUUGUUCUUCUGUAAACUGCCUUGGGACUCUUUCAUGCUGUUAAUAACGGGCGGAAACCAGUUAUGUCAUUCUGUCAUGACGCCGAUGUCAGCAGUUUUGCUUGAAAUAUAACUUGGUCAGAACCACCGUUUGGGCCUCGGCAAACCAGCGAGAAUUUUAAAUUUAUGAACUAAUAAAAGCAAAGGCAACCAUUUCGCUUUCUUUUCUAAAGUUCCCAGUGCUACUUGCUGUCCUAACUGGGGAACCUGAUGUGCUUUUUAAAAAAAAAUCACUAUCCUUCAUAUUUAUAUCAUGCUUUUUCAAAGAACUCACAUGGCUCAGGAAAUUGUUAACAGGAAUGCUUUGCUCCAGCAGGCUACUGACAAAAAGUUCUUGAUAUCGUUUCAGCUUCUGAGGAGAAACCCGGAGCGGCGUCUCGGUGCUGGUGAGAAAGAUGCUGAAGAUGUCAAGAGGCAUCACUUUUCCGGGUGAGUGUGAAGUGAAAAGCCUGGGUGCAAUCUGGGAGCAGCCAGAAGCAGGGACUUAACUCGGUGUUUUCGUUUUGCAGUUGAUCGAUUGGAGCGCGUUGCUUGCCAAGAAAAUGAAGCCUCCUUUUGUCCCCAUCAUAAGAGGAAGAGAAGACGUCAGCAAUUUUGAUGACGAAUUUACCUCAGAAGCACCUAUUCUCACUCCACCCCGGGAGCCUAGGAUACUUUCAGAAGACCAGCAGGAAAUGUUCAGAGACUUUGACUACAUUGCUGAUUGGUGUUAAUUCUUUUGAGACACUGUGAAAUCCUAGCAGACUGGCUCAUCAUAACAGCGUUCGCCCCACUCCUUCCCUCCUUUUGAGAAUACCAGCUGUUGGGUUGUUCUCUGUGCUGCCUGUAGCUUCCGACUUUUUUGAAUCACAUGAAGAUUUUGGAAAAAGGACCGUUUUUAUUACACGUGAGGUGUGACCUCGUUUUUGUAUAUCUUUCUUUUUUUUAAAAGAAAAAAAAAUAUUGAGCACUGGAAAGCGAUUCUGUGCAGCUCUUUAAGCUUGACCUGGCAGGUAUAGGCUGUGUUCCACUCUCACAUGGGCACACUUGUACUGUAUCUUUACUGUUCUGCAGCAGAAAACAUUGCAAAAAAAGACCUGCCUUAAGCAGGAUUAGCAACCAGAUACUGAGCUAGACAGAUAACCAUCUACUCAGCGAUUAGAGGGAAGAAGGAAGGCAAAAUGUCUGUCCUUAAAAAAAAAAGAUACAGUAAUCUCCAAAAAACAUAGACCUGAUGACUGUUAAGCACACUGUUGUCUUGAUUUUUUUAGGGGGGGAAUGAGGAUUAAGAAUUGAUGCCUUGUUUUGUAAACUUUCUAUGGUAUUUAUUAGGGGGGGAAAUGUUUAAAAGCCUUACCUAUAGGAGAACAGUAUAAGUGCUUCCAUUCUUCAAAAGACAUCGGUCCUAAGAAGUUUACCAAAGCAUUUGCCAAACAAUUUUUGCCUUUCAACUUCUAUAACCAGCAGAUAUGAAGAAUGUAAUGAGUAAGAAUGUCUCUCCAGUCUUAAAUCAGGAACAUUUCUAAUGUGUGCAUUCCCCCAGAUGCAAUCACUGUUUUGUACUCUUGGAAGUCAUGUCUUUUCCACACCAACUCCAUUGAUACGUUAUUUUAGCUAAUCUGUGUGUCUAGCUAUCUCGUUCAUCUUACAUUUGCUGAUUUGGUGUUGCCAUAUCAUCUUUAAAGAAUGAGGAUCUUCAGUGUAUACAUGCCGUGUUCAUGUAUAUUUGGAAGUUAUAGUAUAUUUUUGUUUCAAGCAUAUAAAUUAACUUUACCACUUCCUUUAGCAUUAUCCAGUGGCUAGGUGAAUGUAUUGUUAAAUUCAGAUUUAAUGGGGGGAAACAUGCUUGUAUACAUUUCAAGGCCACUGAAUUCCAGACUCUUCAUUGGCAAUUACUGAGAAUAAGGGUUAAAGCAAUAUGUUUUGAGAGAAUGUAUAAAUAUUUUUGAUAAAACUUGUAUAUUUUAAGCCUCUUAACACUAUGCUGUACCUUGAAAAGUUAAAAUGUCUUUGACCAGAUACUGUGUGUGCUCCUUUCAGACUUACGUAGUUUUCUAAAAGGGUGAGUCUGUUUGUGGAAAACAACGCUCCGCUUUCCUUAGCUUAUUAAAAUUGGUUUGUCAUCAGGCUCAUACUCAGCAUGCCCAAGAUCAAAAAUGUGUUGUGUGAUGUUUAAAUCCACACAGACUUAUUGCUCUGGAAUCUGGUUUCAUGAAAGAUAAAUGGCAACCACAUAACCAUGUGGGUUGGAGUGAAGACAGUGCUGCCCCCAAGGUGUUGCCUUCAUUGCCUGAACUUUGAAGCAUAUGUAACGGGUUCAUUAGAAUAAUGUACAUGUAAGCGUGUCCACAAAGAACAAUGGUAAAAGACUAAACAAAAAAUCAAAUCAUGAAAUGUCUAACCUGUAAUUCUUUUUUAAAAAACAAAUAUCAAAUUAGCAUCUUGGAAAAAAUGCUAUUUCCCUUCCACUUCAAAUAGCUGUAUCACAAUUAAAUACAAAACACUACACACCUGAGGUACAGUCGGCUAUUCAUUUAUACUCCCAAAUUAGAGUUACAGACAGCUGAGCCCAAAAGGGUGAUUCAAAUUUAAAGUCCUACAGAAAUAACCCUUUUCUCUUUUUUGUAAGUACAUCUUGUACAGAAAUGUUUUGUAAUCUAAGUAAAUCACUUAAAAAAAUUUUUAGAGGCAGGGUAUGUUCACACAGUUAAGCUGAAAGAAAGCACUAAUUUUAUCUAGUUUUUUUAAAUAUUUAGGCAAAUUAAGAUUUUAAACUCUAGAUUGUAAAUAUAUUUUGCUAUACUUGUAUGUGGCUGCUGAAGCACUUUGUAAAGAAAUUAGGUUAUUUUAGAAUGGUACACUAUGCAUUAAAAUGAAAUGUGCCUUUAACAAUGUCAUACUACAAACUGUCUUGCAGUUAACUAUCAAAUUAAAGUUUAAAUAGUGAAAUUUGUAUAUGAAAACAUGAUUUACUGAUUUGAAUCCUAUAAUCUUGCUUUUUGGUCUUUAGAUAAAAAUUGUGUUUAG